AUGGAAGACUCCGAGCCCGCAGAGGACGGCUUGCUCGCGGGUUUGCGGUGGAACCGGAGCGCACGAGACCAGGCUCAGCUCAAACAUAAAAUCCGGGAUCUGCCAGGACUACUGAAGCACGGGCUGCACCUGCGGAAGAAGAGCGUAAGUACUUUAAACAGACCGCCGACCCACCGUCCUUCCUCCCUCCUUUCCUUCCUUCCUUGUUUUUAUCCUGAAUGAAGGUUUGACGGUUUCAAAUUUUUAACCGUCAUUUUUUUACGACCACUUUCUAUGGCGCGAUGCCGUUUCGUAACCCUGUCACGACUCAGGUGUUUUCAUUUUGACACAAACAUUACUGUCGCAGAGGCUGCGUGUACGUGUAUUUGUGUGAGCGAUGUUGAGUGCGUGCUACAUCCAUAAUAAGCAAUUGGUGUUAGACAUCAUACCUUCACACUCCGGUAGUCAAGGCAACACAACCGUACCCAAUAGAUUCACCUCACACACACAAACACCUGCCUUUACACUCAGAAAUGCACACUUACAGGCUACAUAUCUAAUACAUUCACAGAUGUACAUUCAUGAGCCAUAUUCGGUUUUUCAGCUUAUUGUAAAAUUGUUUUAUUCAGGUAAAAGUUCUAUUUGUUUGUAGGCUAAUUAAAGCAGAGGUGAUGUGCUCUUAAAUCAUGUUUUUCCCCAUCUUACCAUCUCAAACUCUUAAAAGGUUAGUCAUAAUCAGCAAAUACUCUACAUUUUCAAUAAUACAGUGAUUUUGGACUCUCUGUACUCUAAUAUUCCCACUCCACCUGGGACAAGUUUGUAGCCCGGCCCUCUAAGAUCCAUCUCAUGGUGUCCCCUGGUUCUGUCUUGUGAUGAUGUGUCUACUAAGCAGUAAAUGUGUGUGACUCGGUGUGCCCUGAUGUGGAACGAAAACACCUGACAGGCCAAAUUUUUGCUCAAAGUGUCCACUCCACUCAUCUUCAUCAUCGGUGACAGCCGGGAGGGAGCGUGUCCCUGAUUCCCUCUGCGGGAAUCUGAGACGGAGUGCCAGUACAAAAUUGCCAAAUGGGAUAAAGAUAUGCAGCAUUGGUUGUGCAAAGCCUCCACGGACAGAGGGGGGGGGACAGUUUGCCAUGUUGCAUCUUGUCACAGCUGGUAUUCCUGUCAUCUGUCCGGUUAAUAUGAUUACAUUUGACCAAAAGUAGCCGUAAACUGUUGAGUUUGCAUACAGAAAUUCAAAAGUUGAAACAAGACUCGAAAUAGGAUGAAUACGAUUGCAGUCUUUCAGUGAUUGAGCUGCAGAGGAGGAAAAGAGGGGGAUACUGAGCAGGAAUAGAAAAAUGUUGAGCUUUCCUCCCGCUGUCUUCAUCUAACUCGCUGUCUGUGUGCAUGUGUGGGUGAGUGUGAUGAGGCGUGGGUAACUAGUGUAAAGGUAUGGCUGUUCUGUGCAGACUGGUUCUCUGCACACUGGCAGCUGGGUUUGCUUAACCUGGCACACGCACACGCUUCAACAGCCACACACUUGUUUGCAUAUGCACAUUAAUGUGCCUUCAAAAAGAGGCGGGGGAGCUCUACAGCAGCAGAAAGUAACCAACAAAAUCCUAAAUUAAAGAAAUAUCUCCUUUGGACUAAUCUGCAUGUUGUUUCAUAAGUACGUUUGAGCUUCAUUCUUCUUAGUUCUCAGAUUUAGUGGCUUUUGCAACAGAAGAAGUUUCUUGAUUACCUAACUUUUAUAAAGCGAUUUGGACAAAGCCAAGUGUCGCCUUCUUGGUGCCAGUUUUUGUGCGGCCUCACCUUUGAAUCCUGUCCAGCUCUUAUCCCUGUCGUGACUUGCUCUGGUAUUCAAUUAUUAGUCCUUUAUUGGCAGAGAUUCGACAGGAGAGAAUAGAUUUGCGUAGAGGAACACAUAGCCUGUAAUAACUUUCAAUACAUCUACAAAGGUGAUUUGUAUGGACCCCACACUCAAGACGGGGAAACUCCUCUGAGGAACUGACCUUCAGCCUGGUGCCAAUUAGAGACAGUUGUUUUUCAUGUACCGAAUCAUACAGCAUGUUGGAUGGACAUCUUUAAUCAUAUAUUAGACGAUACCUGUGAGGGAAUAGAAUAAAUUAUACUUCAGGUGCAGCUGAUCAAAUGGUUAGUGCAGCUAUCUAGGCUGGAAGUAUGGAUACUAUAUAUUAUAGCUGUUUGACUGUAUUUUUUGCUAUAGUUACCCACUAAGACUCUCAAGUUUCAAGUCAGUAUUUCUGCAGUCACAUUAACAGCUAUGACUAAAUGUUCGCAGCACUAGAGGCAAAUUUCCUCACAUGGACAAUAGUGUAUUGUAUUGUAUUGUAUUGUAUCAGCAGGUUUCCCAUUUGACUACACAGACUGUAGCUGUAAUAUUUCUACCUUAUGGCAAUCUUCUUCUAAUAUCAAAGCAAUCUGCACCAAUUCAGAGAAUGUUUGUAAGUCCAAACUCAAUGCACCAUCAGUGUGAGCCUGAUCCUGUUUCCCAGAGCCAGAGUGGUUGUAACGUAGAGUUGUGUGUGUGUGUGUGUGUGUGUGUGUGUGUGUGUGUGUAAGAAGCUCAGAAACUGAUUUUCAUGUAGCUCUUGUCAUAUUUUCAGUUGAUUGAGCUUUUUGCUUCCUGGUGGCUGAUAUCCUGACAGUCUAUGGGCUAUUCUCAGAAGCCUUAGUGAUCUAUCUCAAUAAGUUUUCCCCUCACUAACUGAAAGUGACCUUUCACCUCGACCUACAUGUAGCUUUAUCAGUAAAACGUUUUUUAUUUUCACAUGUAAAGCUCCUGUGAGGAGUUUUUGUUGGUUAUGAAACAGACUUAAAUGGUCAGUGAUGUGUCCAAAUGAUGUCCAAAAACUAAUGAGACGAUAAGUGACAAUACUGACAAUGUCUACAUUUAAAUUUUUAAGCCUUGUAACCAUGGUGGGGGGGCAGGUCCACAGAAGAGAAACAGCUUUAGUUACUUUUCUCACAGCAAAUAUUUACAGUCAGGGAGAAUUUCAGUGUAGAAAGACAACAGGAUAAGAUGUUUUGUCUAGUAAUGUUACUUUCAAAAAAUAGGACAAUACUAUAAACUUCUUGGUCUGCUUCAGAGAAAUAACAGACCUUGGAAUGCUGAAACUGACCAAUCAGAGUCAAGUAUUUCACACAGCUGUGCAAUAAUGCAUCACAAUGAGGAACUGGAUUUGUUGUAGUUGUCGAUUGUGAGGUUUCAAGACUUUAUAAAAGUACAUGAAGUUCCUUUGAUCAUCUUUAAAAACAAAAGACAUCAAAACAGCAGGGACCUUCAAAGCCAGACUGGGAUGUAACACACUGAUAGGCUGAUGUGUCGGUGCAGUUUCUAUUUACUGUGUCUGCAUCUCAACAAAAGCAGAGCGCCCAGUGCUCUCUGAAUAUGGGUACACGCUGUGAUUUUUGCAGAGUGGAUCUUAAAACACAGCUGCAUUGUGGAGCAUCUCCACUUUAAUUACGGUGUUUUGUUUGGGGAUUGCAGCGUCUUUGUCUUCCUUUCUUUGUCCGGUGUAUUUAUGGAAGUCUUCACACUCAAAAUGAUUUUGAGGCUCCCACGUGUUAUGAGAUUAUAUAUUAUUUGGGUGCACAUUAUGAAAAAAGCACACUUAGUGUCACCACUCAUUGUCGAGUCGAGUCGUUUUUGUGGAUUAAAACUUGAACACAAACCCUCAAUACCAUAAAAACAUACAGAACGCUUCUCAAAACACAUAAUUUUGGCUGCGAAUGAGAUUAUCACACUCAUAAUGUAAGCUCUCAGAAUUUAUGAUCUCUGUCUUAAAAGAAAGUUGAUGAUACUCUCCAGGAGAUUAUCUCAUUUCUGUGUUAUUAUGCAGCAGAAGAGUGGCUUAUGGUGUGUUUUUAUGUCUACUGGCGAAAUUUCACUUUCAUAACUCCAUUAUAUAUUGAGAUUAGAGAGAUGAAAGGGCAAGAGAGGGCUAAAGAGAGAGCCAAUGCAUGUUCUCAGUUGCUUACAGCAUGAAUGUUUUCACAUGUCAUCAUUAAAAAACAUUGGAUAUAGCUGGCAGGAUCGGCAUGGGAGAAAUGUGCCUUUAAUUGCUCUGAUUUGAAUAUACAAAAACAUGCAUGCUAAAACAUGCACAGUUUUGCACAUGCAGAAUCAUGAAGGAAAACUAAUCAACACAUUUCAGAUGGUUUCAAAAGUUGAGGGAAUUAGCAGCAAGCUAAUUUAUGUACAUGAAUAUGUUUUCUCACAGUGUAGAUUGUAAGGUACAGUGUGUAUAAAUGUGAAUAUUUUGCAGUCAGAGUCUAAAUUUUGACACUAUUGCCCACCCCUCUCAUUGGUGAGGCAAUACUUCAGUUAUAUCUCUAUCAAGUCUGCCCGGGUGAAUGCUGCUGGAUUCUACGCACUGGUCCUUUAAUUGAGUAAGUCAAACAGUUGAUGCAGCUAAAGGUCAAAUAAAAUGUCCUCCUGUUGUUUGAGAUUAAAGUUAUUGUAUUUUUUCAGGAUUAUUAACAAUUUUAUAUGAUGCCUAAAACUCCUGUGAGGAACUUGUCAUUUGUGUCAACUUUGGCCCCCCCUGUGGUCAAAGCAGUCUUUAUAUACCUUUUCCUCUUAAUCUUCAACACUCUCUUUUGACGAAAAAUCUGACCUCUCUGACCUUAACCUCCAACUUUAUCAUAUGUUGUGAAUAUUUGGCUGCUUGGCUGGCACUAACCCCCUCACACUGGUUUCAGGCAUCAGAAAUCACAAUAUAAAAAUCAUUAGUCAUGUUGCCGCUGGUCUUGUGUGCUUCAGUCUAUUUCAUAGAUAUCAAAAAACUUCUCAUUGGAGCUUUAAAGUUUCAUUCUUAUUACAUGUUGCUGUGAGGAAUAAUAUAAGAAGAGGCCUCCAGUUUCAGGAGGACUGUACCUGUCAGAUGGUAAACCAUCUCAUAGCAGCUAUAAGUGUUUGUAAGGCAAAGGUCAGGUGUGCUGCAGGUAGGUGUGGGUGGCAGGUGUUUUUCUUGGUGUUUGUGUGUGUUGCACAGACCCACUGAGCAGCAGCUGCUUUGAUGUCUCCAUUUUGACUUCCUUGUAUGACGGAUCUGUCGAGGAGUCGACAGGAGCUUAGUGUGAAUGUGAAACCUGUGUGUGUGUGUGUGAGUGAGUCUGUGAGUGUGUGUUUGUGUGUGUGUGUGGAAGGCCUGCCAAGCGUACCGUGCUACAGCUCUUCUCUGUGCUCAGCAAUCUAAUCUGAGAGUAAUCCAUUUCUUGCAGAUAAUGACCUCGCUCUCUGCUGCUCCCUCUCUCUCUCUCUCUCACUCUCUCUCUCUCUCUGUAUACACACUUUGAAGUCAUCACACAGAUAAGCGUGUCAGCAUGUGCUCUCUCUUUAGAGAUCUCAUUCAUCCUCUCCUCUGUCUUUCUCCUCUGGCCUCUGGUAUAAUGACAGCGGCGGACCGAGCGGCCUGUGACGGAGGAGAGUUUGUCGGGCCUGCACACCUCCCUCUCGUCUCGUGAAUGAAACACCUCUGGCGGCGCUGCGUCCUAAGCGUGUUAGUGAGAAGAGAUGGCGCUGCUGAAACAAAGACAUCCUGAGAGAUCAGUAUUCGCCAGACAGCCGUGAGACAAAGAGAUGGAGAGAUAAGAUAGAGCAACCAAGACAAAGGAGGGAGAGACAGAGAUAGUGAGAGUCAGAGACAAUUUAUUUAGUCUGUGUGCUUGGCUGGCUGGUGUGCUCUACUUAACCCCGAGUCCAAACACUGCAAGUCUUCAAACAAACAGAGGGAAAAAACUCUCUUUUUUACUGAUAUCUCUGAGGACGCCCGCACUGAGCCGGCACUUUUCUGAGUCAAAGACCGAGCUCUUUUGAAAUUGUUUUCCAGUGUGGGUAAAUCUGAAAGUCCAGCCUCGGGAUUUAUUGUGAAAAGGGGGGACAGCUGUGGGUUUUUGGACUUUCUAUGACCUGCAGCACUCGCUGUGAUCUCAAUUUCAAAUGCAUCUGAUGCAAAAAAUACGAGCUGUUUGGUCUACGAAGCGAAAGUCAGGAGUAAACAAUAGCUGGAAUCCCAACAGGACAGUCUUGGGCUGCUUAAGCUGAACAAAAAGAAACCCAAAGAUGUUCAUGUGAACGUCAGAAAGAUCAAGACGGAUGAAGAAAAAAACCUGCAAACUAGAUUAUUAAUCUUUAAUGAAUUAGCUUGAUGUAUCAAUGCAGCUACAUCAGGAUGACUCAUUUGCUUGCCCACCAGGACGUGUUUUUGAGAUGUAGUCUCAUUUAGUCAGAGUUUUAAAACUUCCAAGGGAUGGAUAAAGACUGCAGAGUCCUCAGGUGCCUGUUGUAUCUAUCUGUUUGAAGUAACAGACUUGAGUUCACCUGUCGGUUAAUAAAGUUCAGAUCCAGACAGAGACAAAGAUUUUUUGAACAACUUUUAAGUCACAGUUUUCCUAGUUUGUUAGAAAGUGAGAAUAUGUCUUGAUGCCCACCAAGAAUGCACAUCAGGAACAAAGUUGAUAGAAAAAUACCUAAACACACAGUUUUUGUGUAUCAGCUGUGAAGGAAGGAGUUUUGUCAAAGACGGAUGUGACCAGGCUGGUAAUUUCUCUGUUUCCAUUAUUUAUGUUGAGCUCAGCCUAAUAGCUUCUGGAUGUAGUUUCGUAUUAAAUGCGUGCUGCAUCAUACUAAAAUCAAUCUCUGUUUAUGGCUCUUUGCAAAAUAAAAAAGCUUAUUCACUCCAAAUUAAACCUAUUGAUUUUUUUCAUGAAGGAAAGUUGAUAAAUUUGCACAAAGUGUUUCUGUGUGCUCGAGUGUUGGCUGACUUUCCUCAAAGUUGGGGAUAUCCCAGACUGUUCGCAGCUCUCCUAAGGAUCACACAGGCAGCUCAACGUCCCUCUAAUUAUCCCUCUGUUUGGUUUUCUUCUAGCUCAAAGCCACAGUCAUGGAUCCCUCUCUCCCUCUUGUCUUUGUCUGGCUCACUUUUUCUCUCUUUGACGAUUAUAAUUAAAGUGAUCUCUGUUCCUCUCACCGCCUCAUCUCUCCCCCUCUCCAUCUGUCAUGCUCACGUCCUCUGUCGUACCUUCACAGGCUGGUUUGAUUGGUUCAGCCUCCCACUCUUCUCUUUUCCCUCUCGGUGUUUCUUCAUCUAAAUCCAUCUUCCACAGUCGCUUAGGUGCUUUUCAUUUGUGCCGUCAUUUGAUCUCUCUGUAUCUCUCAAUUUGUCAUCAUCGAGUGGUUAGUUAAUGUCAGCCAUGGUGAGCAGCCGUGGGUUUAGCACCGGCUCAGUUUUCUGUGGAGAGUCAAAUCAUUAACUAUUAUUAAUCAUCCCGCUUUAUAAAGCGAGUUUACAGACAGUUUGCGCUCCGAUUGCAUGAAGUUUUUAUCUCUCUGUCUUUAAUAAAUACUGACAUAAUGGUAGCUAGUGUUGCAGUUUGUGCUUUUAUCAGUAUUUAUAAUUUUUUCAUCCAUACUUGCUGAUGCUGUAUUGUUCAAAGACUGAGCGCAAAUAUAAAUGAGUUUGAGGGGGUCACGACUCUUCAAAUCUUUUAUUGUCUGGGUCUGACUGCAGAAAUAUCUCUAUGUAUCUUGGCACCAAUUAUGGCGUGACUUCUCCCCCUUUUUUCAAAGUCAGCUCAAGCUUUGUAACGCUUUUUUUUUUUUUUUUUUACCCUUAUUUGCUCUGGUUAUGUUAUCUGGCUGAGAAAUUGGCCUGUUUUCCGCACUUUCAGCCAUGUCUUGCCGCAGUAUCUUAAUUUGCUACUUUCACAUGAACGUCUGUUUUAAAGCAAAGGUCUUAUGAUGAAAAAACAACACCUUGAUUGGCAACUGCAAUUUAUAUUAAUUUCUAUUGACAGAUUAUGCAAAAAGAAAGUCAAAUAACAUCCUCCAGUGCAGUGAAAUGCAGUCCCUGCAGUAACUUGAGUGUCCACUUGGGGCUGUCUGUAAAAGAAAAAAACUCCCAUUAAGCCUCAUAUUAUAAUGCCCACUCUAGCAGGAGAAAUAAAUGUGUUAAAAAUAUGAUCUUUGACUUAAAAGUUAAUUCCUGUAACCAUGACAACUCUUUAAGAGUCUUAACUUAUAAUAGAUAAAGCAUUUCCAAAAUGUUGACCAGAAGGGCAUAAUUGUUACUGUCGCCUUAUCCUCAGAACGGGUCACAUCACUGAGAUUUUGUCCAUGUUUUUGUACCAGAAACAGGACUUUGAUAAUGAAAGUGUUCUGGUUUUGGACUUCCAUUUGUAGUCUAAGCCAGUGGUUCUCAAGUCCAGUCCUCGAGGCCCACUGUCCUGCAUGUUUUGGAUGUUUCUCUGCUCCAACACACCUGAUUCAAAUGAUCAGCUCGUUAUCAAGCUCUGUAAUGGCUUAAUAACGAGCUGAUCAUUUGAAUCAGGUGUGUUCAAAACAUCCAUAACAUGCAGGACAGAGGGCCUCAAGGACUGGACUUGAGAACCACUGGUCUAAGCAGUAUUGCAGCACUUUAGCAGAUAUUGCCUGUAUGCUGUGAAACUGUCAGAGUAAAAGUAAAAGGAGGGGUUGAUAUAAAUCCACUCUAAUGCGAUCCUGAAACCCUUUGACUGUUAGCCAACAAAGACUGAGCUUUACUUAAUCUCUUUUAAUGAAUAUCUACCUGCAAGUGGAAUGAAAAAACCUGCUUUUGGACAUGAUGGGUUCAAUGACUGACUCUGCCAUGACCCAGCUUUAGAGUUAGACUGGUAAAAAGCUCAGUGGCUGGAUUUCCUUUAGGUGCAGGAGUUGUCGAGGUCUUAGUGUUGUCUGUGUCCUGUCUGAUCCAGAUCUCUCGAACCUGAUCUUUAAGCACUUGUUUUCUUAAUCAAGUCUUUCACAAAACCAAUCAUCCAUGAAACUAUGAUGCUGGUUUGAAGUAGAGAAAGAGAGUUUACAGACAUGUGAAGCCCACUGUCCCUCCAUUUCUGCAGUUGAUCAGUUAUUGUUGGAGUACUGCAGACUGCAGUCUUGGUUUAUCUGUAUAUCUGUGCAGCCAACAUACAGACAGAUUCAUGUUAUGAAUGCUUCACCCAUGUAUGAAAAGUUUGCAUCCUCACAGAGUUGCAGCACUAUAAUUAUAAGAGGGCCACUGCUACAUUCAUCACUGUGGUACCAAAAACACUUGCACCGAGUUGCACUAGCUGUGUGUAAGUCCAAACUUUGUAAAAAGUCUUAAACUCUGAUCUAGGACCAAGUUUGCACUCCACUAACAUUUUAAGUGUUGCACCAGCUGAGAUAGUUUGAACAUAAGCUACAACAGAAACCUGAAACCAAGCUCUGAAUGAGUGUAAAGUCCUCCAUAAAUACACGCUGUCAUGGUGCAUCAGUUUGAAAUAUGGGAUAACUUAAAAGAGGACGAGGAGUAGAGAAUUUAAAUCGCUGUUUUGUGCGGACAGGCCGUUUUCUGCUAUCGAUUACAUUAUUCACUUUGAUCUGUACGCCUGCUGUUGUUUCCUGCAAGUGGAGAUCUGCAUAAAGUAGAGUGAUAAUAUAUAAAUAUAUCACCUUUACAUAAUGCUUUGUCAUAUUUCACAUACUUUUCUGUUGCUGUUAGUCGAGCAAAGGGAGUUUACUCCCUGUUAAAAGCCUGCGGGCAUAGGAGCUGGCACUUGAACAAAAACUCCAUGAGGAGAAAAGCUUUUCUCUGAAAGGAGUACACGUCAUAUGUGCAACAAUAUUUCAGUUAGAUUGGAAAUUACAGUCUACAAGUUAAGAUGAACCCUGUAUGUGUGUGGUGCAACCAAACUCAAGUACAACUUUAGUUACAACACGAGAGCACUUUUGCUUUAAAAAUGUCCUUAUCUGACCUAAUUUCUUAUGCGAUGUAGGAAAAGAUGCAUCCAACUUUAAAUCACCUGUCACACUGAUAAAACUCAGGGGAUCUGUCAAGAACAUGUUGCUGCGUCAGAGAAAUUCAAGUGUGUCAGUUAUUAUUCAUGGAAACACUCAUUCCUCCACAUUGACAUGAAUCAGUGUCAAACACCUCCUCAAAUGGAUGUGAUUUUCUGUCAUAAAACAAUAAAGCGUGAGAAAACUUCUGAAGGUGGAUCAUUUUAUAGCUGCUGUAAAUGUUUGACAGCAUCUCCCUGAACUGGAAAUCUAUUUGAAGUUGGUUGUAAACAGUAAAAUCUUUAAUUAUUAAUGCUGUUGCUUCACAUCUUUUUGAUAUUUUAUCUGCUGUGCAAAUUUAUACACCCGUCACUCCAAGACUCAUUAAAUCUGUUAAGGACUUAAGCCUCAAGAAUCAUUACCUGAGAUUAGAAAUGGGGCACGGAAGCAUUUGAGGAGAGAUUUUAAAUCAGUAGCAGAGCAACUAAGACAAGAUGUUAGUGUGUUACACCCCGAUGUAUUACACUGCAGAGAAAUACAGAAACAGAUGUCUGAGAGGAGUGCUGUUUCCGCUCUGCUUGAUCCAACACUUACUAUCGUUUUUAAUCUGUUUUAUGACAAGUGUGUCACCGCAGCAGGAAGCUGUCUCCCAGCUCCUCUGGCACCACAAUAAUCCAUAAAGAUUAAGAGUUUAUGCCCUAAAAGGGGAAGUAGAGGUGGAGCGGGUACGCCCUGAGCAAAGGCUAGAAGAUGAUGGCCUAAUUUUGAAAGCAUGCCGAGAUUUAUGGAGUUGUGUUGUUAAAAUCUAGCUUGGCAUUGCGGUUUAUUGUUGAAGAAUGAACUUUUAUUAUCAAUUCCUUUGAGUCUACUUUUGGUUUCAGCCUUAAGCGAGUAUGUGUCACAAUUCAAUGAUGUGAUCUUUGAACACUUAAACUUCAAACUUGAGUGGCGGUGGCAGGUGUCGUUCCACAUUAGUGCUAAAAAUCACCAAAAAGUGUGUUUGUGUGAAGAGGGUUUCUGCUGUUAGUUUAAACAAAACCUGACUAAUGUUUUUAGACGGCCAAACUGGUCUUUCUCAUCUCAGAGUCUGUUUGCUCAGUGUGUUUACCGUGUGUGUCAUUUUGAGUCAGUUCUUAACAAUUGUGUGACUUUUCUUUCAACAGCAAUCACCCGACACUAUCCCCGGACCGAGCACUGGACCAACAGUCAACAAGGUAGCACACACAUACACACAUAAAUGCACACACACACACACACACACACACACAGGUGAUGUCACCUGUUUAGUUUUGCUGUGAAGGGAAAGUGUUUGUUUAACCUCAAUACAGAUGAGAUCAGCGCUGAUAUUAUCUUAGGUUUUUUCCAAGUGAGUUUCAAUGACUACACACACACACACACACACACACACACACACACACACACACACACACACACACACACACACACACACUUGAUGUGUCAUGCAUCACGAAAAUGUGUUUUGGCAAAUAUUGCAGCCUUCUGAAAAGGCCUCAGGGCUUCAGUAUUUCAGAUUAGAUGUCUUUGAACUUCAAAAAUAUUCACUGGAAAAAAAUAAUUAAGAUGAAAUAAAUCAACAUGAAGCCUCUUGGUAGUCACAUACGCAAACGUUAACAUAAUUUUAGAAAAACUAACAAAUUACAACUACCAGAUUGUUGAAAUCGAAUUUUUUAUUGGAAAAAAAAAAAAAAGUCUCGGAGUAAAACUGUAUUCUGUGUUUACAAAACUACUUGAAGUAUAAGUGUGAAGUUUUGUGACAUGUAUAAAAAAGACUGAAAUUUAUAUUAACACCUUUGCAUGUUAUGAAAAAGCAAACAAAACCAUCACCAACAAGACUGACUGCUAAUUUUUAAUCUCUGAAGCGGGCCAAUUCAUCUGAAAAAAAUAAAGCACCAGUUCUUAGUUUUCUCAUUAAAUGAUGUUUGAAGGUCAAAAGUCUGCAGGGUGAGGUUUUCAGUAAGAAGACACCACUUCAGCAUGCAGGUAACAAGAUAAGCAGAGACUGCUUUGCCCACAGGGGGCGCCAAAAUUGACACAAUCCAGAGGUGCUCACAGGAGCUGAAAAAAACAAAAGUUUAGAGAAAAUGUCUUAAGUUUUUUUGUCAGUCUUUUGUAUUUUUUGUAUGACUUAAAUACCAGGUAGAGUAGACUUAUGUUCAACAUUUAGCUGAUUACCUGUAUCAGCCUUUUAUUUUAAAGAUGGAUAACCAAAUUAUAUUAAGAAAAGUUGUUUAAUAACAGCAGAGUUAAAACAAAUCUCCUCUUAGCUGAAUAUUUUAUUAAAGUUUUGUAUUUUCACAACUUCAUCAUAUUGGCUAGACGAUGUCACAUGACCUUGUGACACAAUUGUACCUGUAUCUGUAACUGGUUGGCUAUUAAUUCCUGUAUAGAAAUUGAAUGUUUUAGAUUUAAAUUUUCUGAAAGGAUUUCAUCAACAACAAAAAAAACCUCUAAAUUUGACACACAGUGUUUUGAUUUUAACUCUCAAUGCUUGUUGGUUUCAAGUAUUGAUUAUCUGUCAUAGACUACUAAUAGUUCGUAUUGGUAUGAACUUGAAAAAUUAAUAUUAGUUGACCCUUGACAAAUACAUUUUUACAAAGUGGUACGAUAUUUUAAAAUGAAGAUUUUACUUCUUUACUACCUGUCCUGGUUCUCUUGGGUAACUCAUAUAACAAUAAUAAUAAUAAUAUUUAAUAAUAAUAAUAAUAAUAAUAAUAAUAAUAAUAAUAAUAAUAAUAAUAAUAAUAAUAAUAAAAAAACAGCAUUGAACACUAAAAUAAUCAAAGAAUAAAUAAACUAUAAGGAGCCUUUUCAAAAAAUCAAAGAGAACGUAAAGCCUCUGUGAGGAACUUUAAGUUUGUGCUAAUACUGGCGCCACCUGUUGACAAAGCGGUCAAGUAUUGUCUCCAAACAGAAAAUUUCAUUCUGACUUUUUAAAUCGAAUUUAUCAACUUCUGUGAACAUUUGAAUAAAAUAAAUCAUUUUUAAAGAAAACAGAGCUGUAAGCCUCUUUUAUUAGUUCAUCAAAACCUGAUCCAAGUGCCUGUCGACACGUUGAACUGGACUGGGAACACCUAUAACUGAAUAAAUGCAGUUUAUUGUUGGUUAAAUUAAAGGUUCUUUGUCCAGCAUUAGACCAGCUUGAUAAAGUUUUUUAAUAACAGCAGGGUUAAAACAAAUCUCCUCUUAGCUGAAUGUUUUAUUAAAGUUUUGUAUUUUCAUCUUCAACUCUUCAUUAAGGUGAUGCUCUGAUCAGAAAAGCAGUUCAUGUUGUUGACUUUUCUUGAGCACACAGUUCUCUUGACAUUCAGAGUUCCUCACCUGAACACCGUGUUUCUGCCCUUGAGGCCAAACAAAUAUUUUGGAUGCACGACUUUCCGUGGAACACAUUUGCAAAGCUAAUUUUUGACCAACACUUGACCUGCCUGCAGUGUUUAUGUAUGUUGAAAUCAGCUCCUCUGCUGCCUUUAGGUGCAACCAUUUAACAUGCAAGUAAAAAGUUUAACUAGAGCAUUUACAAUAAUGUGAGUUUCAUUAGUCAAGUUUGGUCGCAGCUAUUUUGCACAUGCAAAAGGUCAAAAAUGAAGGGGUUUCCUUUAGAGCUGCAGCACAUGUGACUGAUUAUUUAUGCUUUGCCUUCUUAUUAUAAAAGUCCAAUGAUAACCGUAGCCAAAAAAGCUUUACCAGAGACAGUCAGGUCCAAAAUUCGAUGUUGUAUCGACUCUCAUGUUGUAACAAAAUGUGGACGCAGCCUCCUCAUUCAUCAAGCUGGUCUUACUAGAUGGAUAUAAAUGUGAAUUUAAGAGUAGCAGAACAAGCAGCUUGUGUAAACAGUGUAAUUGAAAUACGGUUUUAGACACCCGAGCCUCAAUAGCAGGAUUAUUGCAGAGUGUGUAGACACAGUCAAUGUUUGAUUCCUCAGGGGAAAGAAAUCGAGCUGUCCUUGUGCACCGGUCAAUGACAGCUACAUGUAGCCACACUACCUCUCUGCAGAUUAAUGUUCCUCUCAUCCAGCACAUUGCAGGGAUUUCUGUCAUUUACUUGCAUUAAUUAAAUUGAUCAGAUUAAAAAUAAAAGAGUACAGGAAUAAAUUUCUCUGUGUGUGUCAGUCUUGUUCCCAGAGUUUCCCGUGUGCCGGUCGGACUGUGCGCAACGCCUUCCUCUCCCACGGACCGUACCCGGCCAAAGACAAGAUACACCUGGCCAGAAUCAUACGGUACACUUCGCUCUGUGUUUGUGUGUUUGAGUGCAGCUGCGAUCGAUGUGUCCGGUGAAGCGAAAACUCUGACUCACCAGUCGAUGUUGAGCCUCGUCCUGAUUGGUCGGCCAAGUUGUCUAUGCAGUAAGACGGGUUAAGUGUGACGUAGAUGAUCUGGGGGUACAUGCACUCUCAUUCAAUAUGCAGCACAUUAGGAACAUGCAGACACAUGCAAAAAACAUGGAAGCAUCUGGACACGGCUAUAAAUAGACUCUUUAAUGUCAUUACACACAUGCACAAACAGAGGGGGUUUAUCCUGGGGUGAAGCAGGCGGAAAGUAUUCAGUGUUUCAGAGGAAAAAGGCUUACAGAGGACUAAUGAAUAAUCAAUGGUUAUUGAUCAAAAAAAAAAAAAAAAACACAAGCCUGUGCCAAGGGAAGAAAUGAGUGUAAUUGCAUGUGAAUCAGAACACUGUGUGACUGUACUUGCAGGCUGAAAAUGUGUGUUUGUGUGUGUAUUUUUACAGGCGUAGCUAUGUUGGGGUGGAGCUGGUGCAGUGGCUGUGCGAGCAGUGUGUGUACGUGCGCUGUCGGACCACCGCUGUGCGCGUCUGGCAGGUGCUGCUGGAGCUGGGAGUCCUGCUGUCCGGUAAACCCACAAACCCACACAUGUACACAUUAUAACACACAUGGAGUCUUAAAAAUUUGUGACAAACAUCAUCAACUUUACAAAAAUAUAAAAGGAGACAAACCGCUAUAAGAAAUCUUUGCAGAAUCCAUUUCUGCAAAACUAAAACCUGGUUCAUAUUUCUGCACAUUAUCGCAUUAAUAUGGCUUCUCCUCUGUGUCGUGUUAAAGCUUCACACUGCUUAGUAAGCCACAGAUGACACUUCCUGGUACAAAGGCUUUAAUAUUCAAAUGCAGUUAAUGUUUCUUCAAAGAAUGAGCGAAGCUGAUCCUCUUUAGGCCGCCUGCUUUUGGACAUUUGCUCAGAUUCAGUUCAUUGGUCUGGUUAAUCCACAAUAGCUGCGACAAAGAGUUUAUCCAGGUUUUGUUGUCGCCACUGUGUCUUUUCUCUUCCUCUGGAGCUUAAAAGUGUCCUCUUCUAACCACCAUAAUGUGUUUUCAUCCUGUUUCCUCUAAUCAGUGUCUAUUAAAUCAGUCCAAGCUAUCAUUUUUAUUGCUCUAAAAUUAAAAAACUGUACCUUUACAUUUUUCCUCACUGUCACUGUUUAAAUGUUUCAAGAAUAAAGAUUGUGUGUUUGUGUCACUCUCUUUUCCUCCAGUGGACCAGCGGGUGGUGUUUUCCGAUUCAAACUCCUACUACCAGUUCAGCUUCGAGGAGUGUGACUCCGCCUCCUGCGAGUUUCGCUCCAAUGAAGCAGAGUGGCCAGAGGCGGUUAGGCUCCUCCUACAACUUGCCCCGUAUGUCCAGUUCCGCUCUGGAGGCGGAUCCAACAGCCCGUAAGUGCCCUUAAAACUCUGUCUAGAAGUCCGGCUGUGAUAGAUGAAUUGUUUUGGUCUCACUCAGAACAACGCAACUACAUACCGUAACUACAUAAUCAUCACUUGAAGUUUGUAAAUGUAUCUGCUGGUCUCAAUGUUUCACACAAACCUAAGUAAAUAACCUGCUACCCCUGAAUCUAGAAAGAUUAUAGUGAGAGGUACUGAGCUUAAGGUUCGCCUGGCUGUAUCAGAAAUUAAGGAAAAGAUCAUUUUUCCAAGACUAUCUGUUAAGUUAAACGUAAACAUGCUAAGUGAGAAAGUAUUUAAAUAUUUACGUAACAGAAAUGCAAACCAUAAAAGGAAAUUGUGAUAAAUUGUGCAGGCCUUUGCAGUCAGGAUAAACACUGAACCAUUUCUAAAGGCCCCACUUGAAAGACAAACAUGCUCAAUGUUUGAUCAAAGAUAUUUGCAUGGAGUCUCUAUGAACUGAACUGUGAAAAGGGGGGGUUAAAAACCAACAGGAUUCAUUUCACUUUGAAUAUUCACCGAUAAUACUGCGAUUUAAAGGUUUCUUUUUUUUCACCUGAUUAGCCGGCUAGUUAAAGUGAGUCUAAAUGUCGUAAUUAGUGAAAGUUUACAAUGCUGGCCAUGUAUCGUGACAUCUUUUGUCAUGCAGCUGUUUGUUUGGCAGUAUUCAGUGGCCAAUGCUGACUUUACUUUUAGUCCUUAAAGCUCCAGUAAGAAACUUUCUGCCUAUGUUGAUUUUAGCGCCCCCUCUGGACAAAGUGGCAACCCUCACAUUGUUGGGAUUUUUUUUUAUCUUUGUGAAAUUGGUGUUAUUUGACACUUAAAAAAAUCAAUUUCUGUUGUCUUUCUUUUGAAUUCGCAUGAAUAUUUGCUGUUGGAAAAGUGACUUCAGGCUGUUUUUCUUGUUACCAAUGAUUUUCUGCUUAAGUUUGGGUCAAGUCCCCUAAUGUUUACCAAACCUUGCCACCCUGGUUUAAACAGUCCUGCUCUGUCCCUGCCUGUUUUGAGACAAAGAUGUAUGUAGGCUGUGUCUGGUUAAACUGGAAUGAAACUACCUGAUUGGAGCAACCAGCACAGUCAUGCAGCUAGAGGUGCAAACAUUAGUCACAGUUAGCAAACCAAUUUGACUCUGUGAUCCUGUGUUUGGCAGGAAUCUGCCUCAGUUUUUGUUAUUAAGUUAUUAGUUUUGGCACCUCCCUAACACAAAGAGAAAGCUCUAAUGGAUCAACACACUGCUGGAUACUCUGAGUCACACUUUUCUGUUAAAACAAGUCAGAAGUUUCCACUCCUGUCACCGAGUCUCUGUUAUUCAGGCCUGCAUGUAGAUCAUAGCUGAUGAAGCUGUGGUGUAUUUGGUGAUCUCCACUGACCUGGAGAAGAAGCUCAUCCCUCGGUUAAAGGAUCAAAGUUGAAGUGACAGCAUAUCCGUUCAGAUUUAAAAUCGAGGUCAAUUGUCUGUCUGAUCAUUUACUCUGAAAAGUGACCAGUGACCGAGUUUGUGGAAGUUUUGAAGUGCGGUCUUGCAAGUGCAGCGCUGUUUUAGAUUCCCACACACGCUCAAAAGUCUUCUUCAAAUCCCGACUCCAAGCUUAAUCUCUAUUCACUUUUUUUAAUCCUCAAUCUGCUUGUGAGAGAAACACAGUCAUCUGUAGGUGCACACACCUCCACAUCCUUAAAAGAAAACACACUCCUGUGCAGAAUACUGACACAUGAUACACAGGCAGUGAAACACACGCACACACACACACACUCAGAUGCACACAUGCAGAGCGGUGUCAGCCAGAGUUCCUGCCUUGCUGCUCCUGUGUGUGGGAUUCCUGCUGAGGCUGCGACUGAACUCAAUCUGUCACUCAGAGGAAGAGUGAGACGGGUGCGGGGUGCGGAUAAAAAAAAAAAAAAAAGUAUAUAUGCAGAACGAGGGAAUGAGCGCACACGUCAACAUAUUCAUCCGAGCGUUGACUUCAAAGGGGUGUAUUCACAGACACGAGCGGGGGGAUCGGAUGUCAUACUUACUCAUAUAAAUCUCAUGUAUUUUACUGUACAUACUUCUAUGAUCCCCACAGUUGGUUUAUGCACUGUAAAGAGGAUGACACGCAUACUUAAAGGGCUCCACCGGGUGUUUCACUGUGGAGAGGAAUGAAUGGAUAAUAGGGGGAAUGCUUAAAAAUGUCCAAACCUAAGUGACUGUUGAAAUCCUGUGAUUAAAAAUGUAAAUCAAUACCCUCCUGUUGCUGAUCAUAACAUCUCCUAUAUCUGAUAUGGCAGCAGCAGUUGGAGGUUUUGCAUUUGACGAUGCACCACCAGUGUUUCCCGCACAUAGGUAAUACCUCAUAAUACAUGUGGCCUGCCAAAGAUGAUAAGUUUAAUUUUUCACGCCUUUUUUGACUUAACAAUACAGCUGAGGUCAAUUUUGCAACCUUUCGAAAUGAAAAUAUUGCUCAUAUCAAGAAGUAAAUAUGGUAACAUAGUCAUGUAAGUAUGGUUUAAAAAAGCAGCUUAAAGGAUGUUUUUAUUGAGCUACUGUACUGUGCAUUAUUGAGUUGUAUCAUUUCGUGUUCUAUAAUAUCAUAUUGUAUCAUGUUGUAUAGUGUCUUAUCCCAUCAAACCAUAUUGUAUAGUAUAGCAUUGUGUUGUACAAUAUCAUAUCUAAUCAAUCAUCUGCUGUUCUAUUGUAUCGUAUCAUAUCAUAUUGGUGUAACUUACCAUUAUGGUGUUUGAUAUCAUAAUGAGUUGUACAGUCUGGACAUAUCUAUGUCUCACCAUCUGUAUUGUAUUUAAUCAUAUAGUUUUAUAUCAUAUCGUGUCGCUCGGCUGGUUUUUGUCUCCUGUUGUACUGUAUCUCAGCAUAUUGUAUUGUAUAUUGUAUCAUUUCCUAACAAACCACUUUGUAUCAUAUCUUACUGUAGCAUAUUGUCAAACAUUCCAUCACAGUGUACCAUAUCAUAUUGUAUUUUACUGUUGUAGCAUGUCAUCUUACAGUCUGUUUUGUGUUGUAUCAAAUCAUUUUGUUAUCAAACCUUAUCCUUUCCCAUACCAUCCUUAUGCAAACAAGUCACUGUAUCCCUAGCUUGCGCAUUCUUAACUUAAGUGUUGUUUGGGCUUGGCUUGUUUUGUUUAAAAGCGUCAGUUGAAGGGUUAUCAAUAUGAUAAAUUGCAAUAUCAUUGUUGUUGAAAUAACAACAUUUAUAGUCACAAUGACAUCACAGAUGUAACAUACAAGAUAGUUCAUGCAGGUUUUAUAUAUAUAUAUACAGUAUAUAUAUACAUCAUUUUGCAGUUAGCUGAAACUUCAGCAAGUUAUCAGCUACCUUAUGUAUCAUAUUAUAUUUGACCCACUUCAUAGUCCCAUUCAACAAACAACAUUGUUAUACAUUUCAUGGAUUUCUUGUACCAACAAAGCCUUUUUCAAUUAACAUACUUGUUGUCUUUACAUGCACGGUUGUAGCUGUAUGCAGAGCACUAGAUUGGCCCGUGUAUUUUACAUCUGAGAACUGAGGUUGUUGCACCUGCACAGAUUAGACAUGAGAAGAAACUUAGCAUUCAGCUCUCGCUCCGUCUGUCACUUUGACCCUGCUGCUGUCUGUGUCUCUCUUUGAAUGUUGCACCAUUUCUCUGCAGGCAUCCUCUCCCUCUCUCCCUCUCUCCCCCUCCCUUGCUCCCUCCCUCUCUCUCUCUUGCCGUCUCACACCUUCCCUCUCCUUCGUCUCGCGCUCUUAUUGAUGUAUGGCUGAGUAGUUGUAGCUGCGAAAAGGAAAUACAUGAUGUAGCUCAACCGGCUGCUUCCAACUGACUUGCUGGAGUGUAGGAUCUAAUGAAUUAAUCCACAGGUUGAUUUUACAUUUUAAUUAUUGUUGUUAAAAAUUUCAAAAGGAGAUAAAAGUGCCUGAAGGCUACUGUGGUGAUGCAAUUUAAAUAAAAUCCUGGCACUGUGCAUCGUCUGAGAGCGUCUGAACAUGCCUGAAUAUAAAAAUGUACAUUGCUGACUAAAACACCUGUUUAAGUCAGCAAUACUCACAGCUGCCCCAGGGUGAGUGGAGCUAAUUCUGGUUCUCUGAAUGGAUAUAGAGUACAGCAAGCUAAUACAAUUUGGCAAAUAAUAUACAAUAAUUAAAAAGGUGUUAAUAACAGAGUUUUUGUCUGUUUGCAAAGCUGCAUUCAUUUGCCUACAUUAGCCUGAGCUGUUGUGCAGAAUCUCUAGGCUUUAGAAAUGCAGCCGGGUGGUAUUAAUGCUUAUGCUGCUCGUGAAAUUUGUCUUCUUGUCUCUUGCUGUGUUUCAAUAAUGAGAAGAAUAUGAUUUAUAAUAACUUCAUACAUGAAAAGGAAGCAUUUGCAGACUGAUACGUCUUUCCUGUGAUUUCCAUUAAGCUGAAAUCUAAAAGCAGCAUGAUGCUUAUUAUAAAUGUGUUUUCAUCAUAUGCAGAAGUCUCUCCGUUUGAUUAAUUUUGUAUAAAUACCGCCAGUGUGUCUUAGAUAAUUAACAAUAAUAGUAGCUAACUGGCACAGUGCGGUCAUUAAAGUUGAUUAGUUUGUUGUUCAUUGUACUCUGCUGUGCUCAUCAGGAGUAUCCAUCUUUUUGUGGAAUAUAUUCAACAAGAAUCUCAUCAGCUUUCAGACUUCAGCCAUAUGCAUCACAGUAUCUCGAGUGGAGCUUAAAAAUUUACAGUUGCUGCUGAUUUAACAGCGUGAGUCAAAAAUUAACCUACAUAACCCCUUCUGUUAACACGCCUCCUCUUGUUUUCCUUUUUCUCAACUGACUCAGUUUUAAUUCAGUGACCUUUCCUGGCAGAAGAGCAUCUCCGUCUCAUUUCCUCUCCUCCACUUUGCUUCAUGUUACAGUAAGGACUCAAACUUGCCCAUCGAGGGCUUUUUAGAAGAGCUGUGUCAGAAGGCGACAUUAAAGUUUAACCACAGCCUGCACAUUAGCUUUUCAGCAGAGGUCACCUCCUGGGUUGAUUUUAAAAUUUAUUCACAGUCAAGGUUCCUGUUUGAGAACCAGACACAGACAGGCUCACGCUAAGAUGUGAUUGCCAUCCUUUUGUAAUGCCCAGAUUUUUCACCACCUUCCUACAGCUUUUUUGUGCAUUUGGCAGGUCUCUGUGAUCCAAUCCAUAGGAACAGGCAUCGCUGCAUAUUUACUGUUGUUUUCCUCUUUUUUACAGUACCUCAUGGUGAUUUACAUUUAGAGGAUUAAUUUAAAGCUCCUGUGAGGAGAUUUUUGAUGUUUAUGAAAUAGACCGAAAUUUAUAUUAAUAUUUUUCAUGACAUUCAAAAGCAAAAACAACAUCAGUAAGUGACAUAGUUGAUGUUGUUUUAUCAUGAUUUUAAGUGUUAAAGUGGUGUGGGGUAGGUGUUAGCCGAGCAGCUGAGAAAGCUCUGUUUUUACAGUGAUGCUGUCAAAAGUCUUUUAUUUAUUUAUUUUUUUUAAUUGUUUUUUUUUUUUUUUUUUUGCACAAUUUAAAAGAGUAUAACAUAAAACAUGAUAGGUAAUAAUGAAACAGUGCAGGGAGAUGCAAAAAACCCCAAUGGUCUUAUUUGAAGCCUUCACAGUCAGCAGGAAGAUGCUGUAUGAACAUGCAGAGUGCAUGUAGAGCAAAGACUGUUCUGUGCAGAGGAGGCGACAAAAUAAAUACAAACCAAAAGUUCCUCACUGGAGCUUUAAAUUUUUGUAUGGGUGUAGUAAAAUAUCUGCACUGGAUUAAUCUUAGUUCUCCUACAAACAGAUUUUUAAUGCCCAGUCUUUUAGUUUGUACAUGUUUAUUUUUUUCCAGACGUGCUCAAGUUAAAACUUUGCUUUUGCAAAAGCUUUACGUGUAAAUAAGGGAGGGCAGGAGGUGUUUGUAUGUGCCAUUGUGAGCUCCUGAUGCCUGAAAUUUCUCUUGGGAUCAACAUACAUCCACCUAUUUAGCUCUUACUAUUUAUCAGAUGCGAUUUAUCUUUUUCUUAUCUUCACUUUGCUUUAUUGUAAGUGCUGAAAGAUGGAUUUUCUUAUCCGAUCGCUCAGUAUCAAUGAGUUUGAAUGACAUUAUUACUGUAGAUGAGUGACAGCCACAAAAUUGAAGUUUCAACGAUAAAGUUUCCCUAAAAGACCACCUCUUUUUUCCACACUAUAUUGUUAAAUAUGUGUUAUAUUGUUUAUCACAGGCUGCAGUGGUGUCAGUAGCUAACAAUCCCGCUGACAGUUUCCCUCAGUCUCUCCUGCUUAUCAGUGUGCAGGAGGUGCAGAAUUGCCAGGAGCUUAAAUAUGACACCUUGGCUUCAAAAGGAGAAAACACACUUGCUUGCUUUGCAGAGCGCUCUGAUCCAAAAGAGGGCAAAGAGCCAAACAGCAGAGACUCUGCAGAUUGCUUAAGAAACAGACACUGAGGUUUUAACAGAGAUUACCUUCCUCUUCUCUGUAAAACCUGCAAGCUUUCAGUUCUGUGUUCGAUUUGCAGCAUUCAGAUUAAAAACACACGUGCAUAUGCAGCAGGAGGAUUACCGUAUGUAUGUUGCGUAAGUGUAAAGAAAUGUGAAGGAAAAGAAACUCGUAGGCCUUUGAGUGGGAUUUUUGCUUUACCAGAUCACUGAACAUGUCUGCACGUGGUCAUGGUGGGAGGCGUAGCGAGCACCAAUCAUGUUAAUCCCCUAUCAAUACCCCUCUGGGCUGCUUAAUGAUCGGUGACACACCCCCCGUUGUGCUUCUGCUGCAGCCCGGCUAGAUUUAGGCUCAUGGUGAGUCACCAAAUUACCAAACCAAAAGAGAAACUAAUGACCCUGAUGAGAACAGAUUGAGCUGAUGACUUGGAGGAGACGUUGAACAUCUCAUGAGACACUAACAGUUAAAAUCCCGGCGCUCAACCAGGAUGAUAACGUUAAAGCAAAGCCUCAUUUUUCUCAUUUUAAAGGAGGGAGAAGUCUAAUACUUAAACCUGUAACCAUUUUAAGCUUGAUUUGACUUUAUUUCCAACAGCCUUUGAGGCGUCUAAAGAUUACCUGCUUUUUUUUUUCUUUUUAAACCCCCCUCUCUGUUUUCUUUCUCUUUUUUGUGUCAGUGUCGAUAGCGAGAGUGUCAGGCUGAGGGCUGUAUGUUAUCACCACCUCUCCUGCCUCUGCAUCUAUCAUUCUUUUAUCAGAUUACACCACACACACACACACACACACACACACACACACACACACGCACACACACACACACACACAUGUGCGCACACACACUCAUGGUACUCCAUCUUCUGUCUUUCACAACUAUUACUACCGCCGCUGGGAUCUCUUGAUAAAAUCCAAAUUGUAUUCAAAUGCAUCUUCUUCACUCUGUAUAAAUAGGUGUAUGGGUUUGUGUGGAGGGGCGAGGCGGUGCGUAGGAGACCAACCCAAGCAGUGCUUUAAAAACAGUGUGCAGUACACAAGGGGCCCUCGGGUGUGCUCUGCUACAGUUGAAGACAAACCGUGAAACCUCGAGUUAUUGCUGUGGGAAUAAUGUUGAGUUUACCCCCUAAACAGCCACCUGUUUGUACAGCAAACAUGCACAUAUGCAGGAAUGACGUUACACACUAAUGUAUUCACAGGAGGCACGAAAACAAUCCUUGACAAGAGUCACACAUCUAUAAUGUGAACACACACACACACGCGCGUGCGCACACACACACACACACACACAUACACAGAGUGGUACUAACAUCAAUAGAAGGGUGUGUCUGGGAGCUUUUUUAAAUGAAACCACAUGAAAGAGAGAUGCAGGGUGCAGAGAGAGAGAGCGAAAGAGAGAGCGCUAUAGAGGAUCCACAGGGGAGCAUCUUUGUUGUAUGAGUGUAGUUAUGAGGGUUUCUCACACAAAAGCUUCAGCUGAAAGUGGCCUCUAUUGUCUUGAACCAUUAAAAAUACAGACAGACUAGAGAAAGAUCCUCAGCAUGGAAAAACAGAUGUUUUUAUGAGCUGCAGUUCUCCUCUGGGUUUACCAGGGGGCAGCGUUGCGAGGGCCAAAGCUUCUGUGCAAAGUUUGCCUCUGGAUGAAUGUUUGAUCACAGUGAUGCACCUCUCAGCUGCAUGUGUGACUCUGUGUGUUUGUGUCCAUCUCAGGUCAGAGGAGGACUCUGAAGGCAACAGGGACAUCUGCAGUGAGAUCCUCCAGAUGAAAGCUCUGGAGAGGCUCACCUCUACGGUCAGUGUGUGCAUAUUUCAUCCAAAGCUAUUGCUUCAUAACAACAUUCAUUCAAUCAAUCAUUUAUGUUUUUUUUUAUGCCUCUGUUCCUGCAGGUGCAAAGUGAGUUGGCGGCAGCUCUAGCCCGCAAGACUCGCAAAGCUUGUAAGUUUAAACCGAGAACUUUAAUAACAGGGUAUAAAGAAACAGAGACAGAGUUACAUAAACAGUGUGAAUAGCAGUUAUUGAUUAUACAAUCCUGUUUGGUUUUUGGCAGUAUCAGAGCAGGACUCUGAGACCACGGACACGAGCCCGCAGGAGCCACGCACACCCAGCGAAGAGAGCAGCCCGGUAAUGAACACACCCAUGCACACACACAAAGAAAUACACAUAUAUAACUAUGUUAUUGUAGCACCAAUAAGACAUCUUUAACUGAGCUGCAGCAGAGUUUAACCUGUUAGAUGGUUGCUUGUGUUUUCUAAUCGUAACUUGUAAAAUCAAGACGUCCGUGCUCCUCGACAGCAAAGUUUUAGUUUUUUAUCGAAAUACAGUAAAUUAUUGACAGCUCUUAUAACCGGGUUGCUGCAAAGGACUGUGAACGCAUCACGAUGAUUGUGACGAAAACUGGAUGAAAAGAAUAAAACUUGAUCAUCUCUAAAAAAAAGAUCAUCUCGGGACAUAAAUAUUAAAGGUUUCCAGGAUGUUUGCAGAGCUGUUUUGCAAACCCAUGCUAUCUUUGAAAAUAACAUUGCUUGCAAAAUGUAGAAUCCAUGCACCUGGAUGGUACAGUGAGUUUUCUGACAGCUCUACAGGACUGUGAAUGCAUUGUGCUAAUUAUGACCACUUAUAAUAAAACUCAAUCAUCUCUUACAAAGAUCAUCUUGACAAAUGUCAGAGAACCAUAAAUAUUCUGAUCACUGUCUCUGAAAGGGUGUGUUUAUGUCUCUGAGUGAGGAGGAUCAUAGAAAACAAGGUCAGGACUGAUCGCAGAGGGAGGCCUCGUCCGCCUCCUCAUCCCAGCUCCUUACAGUGGAAGCUGCUUCUUCUUAUUCCAUCCAUUAUUCAUUUCCUGAUUAAACCAGAUUAAAAAGGGAGAGAGGAGGAAAAGAAAACACUUGAAGGACAAAAUCACAGAUUUUCAAGCCUGUCUUUAUCAACAGGAAUUCAGAAUACAAACUUCUACAACCAUUAUAGCACAACCUUGGAUUUUGAAUUUUAACAUCAACAUUUUGACACAAAACAGAGCAAAAGUACAAUUUCAGACGCAGCACCAUGAAUCUUGUUUAGUUUCAGUUUCACUUCAGCCGCUUGAAACUUUUCAUCUGAUUUGAAACACGAACGUUCAAGGAAGAGUUGAGGACACAGUGGACAUGGACUGAGACAGACAAACACAGACACAGACACAUGCACAGGUUUAUCUCCCUGUGUUGUGAGUGUGGGACAGGAAGUUACAACAGGUUUACAGGAAGCAGAAAGGGACAGAGGGGCUGAGGCGGUGAUAUAACGUCUGUGUGUGUACGUGGCUUUUCUGACAGAUAAGAGUUUUAAGUCAUUAGGGGGAGUUUUCCUAGUAAACAAAAUGAAACGUGGGAGUGUACCAUCGUGGUCUGUGCAUGUGUGUGUGUGUGUGUGUGUGUGUGUGUGUGUGUGUGUGUGUGUGUGGGGGGGGGGGUUGUCUGGAUAGGCGUGGGAUAGUGGCGCUCACAGGAAGGGUAAAACAGCUCUGAGCCGGGUGAAAUACCCCUCUCUGCCACUUCCAAGGAAAGUAAACAGACCGAAUGCCCAUCACUGAUGAUAACCAUCAUACUUGCAGCACCCAAGGGAGCAAACACACACACACACAUACACACACACUACCACCCACAGGUCUAUCCAAGGACAAAGCCAUUAGUUUCUCCAGUUCCCUACAGCUCUGUUAAUUAAAGGCAUUGUGUCCCUUUUUUCCUCUUUUCUCUGUUUCUCUCCUCAUGUCUUUAGGUCUUAUUUUUUUGCUUUGCCCUUGUCUUUUCUUGUUUUUCAGAGUUUUUUGCGAUACUGCUACAAAGCCCAAUUACAGUAAAGUUAGUGCAAGUUCAAACUCUAUCGUGCAAAGUUGAAGCACACCUCGCCAUAUCAUCUAUGUGCUUCAUGAAGUGCAUCUUCGGUAACCAAUGGUGAUAGGGUCUCACUUGAAGGCUCCACAUGCAAAUGAACAAAAACAGUGAUAACGUACUGUGAAGCAGACAGUGGUAGUUAUAGAUGUUAGGGGGCGGCUGUGGCUUAGUGAGAGGUCUGGGGUUUGAUCCUGGUACCAAGACCCACACGCCAAACAAGACCCGCCUCCAGUGAUUGCACCCAUUGGAUUUUGAAUGCGUCAGAUGGGCGCAAAGCAUGAAAAACGGCAGAUGGUGGACAUACUAGUUUUCAAAUUUUGUCAAAAUAUAGAAAUCUGUAAGGAUUUCCAUUAACAUUGAGGAGGCACUUACACUGGAGCCACUCAAAGAGGAAACUCCAUGUUUUUUCUCCACUUUUAGAGAGCUGCCGUGACGUCAAUUCUUCUUAUAUGUGAUUAAAACAUGAGGGUGCAGCAGGUCAAGUAAGGAGAAUAAAGAAACAGCAAAAAAUAAGUCAAUAAUAACAGAUGUUUAGACAAAGAGAGAAAGAAACAUUUGAACUGUAUAACUGACAGAUGUAAACAAACAGACCGGAGAAUUACACUUCAACUUAAUUCAAGUUUUUUUAACACUUUGUAUGCACUUCAGCUGGACUUGAACACACUCCUCAUUCAGAACUAUAGAUGGGAGGAGGCAGACGGAUGACACACACACCCCCUACGACACACACGCUACCCACCCAGACACACACUCCCGCCCACUUACACUUCUAAUCACAGACACACACUUUUUCUCCACCAGAUCCUCUGACAGAGAGCAGUCAGUCUGAGACAAAGAGAGAGGUGCAACAGAUAGAGGGAAUUACACACUGUAAUAGAUAAAGAGACGAGGAGGAAUUAGAGAGAACAGAGAGAGACAGAGACAGAGCAGGAUUACAUUUUCAUCUCGUCCUCCUCACAUGGACACAAAAAACUCAUCCCUGCUGUAACUUCUGACUGUUUCCACCAUGUCCUGGGACUGCGGGUUGAGAUAUGUCUUCAUGCCUCCUGUGUUGCAGCUGGGCGGGGUGUGCGCGUUGCGGGACAGCGGUGGCAGUGUUGGUGGCGGAGGCGGCGGGAUGGGGACGGUGUGCGGGCGCGAGGACUUGACCAGCCGGCUCGGUUUGGAGGCCGUUCAGAGGCUGGCAAAGGACGGCUGUCGACUCCUGCAGAACCACAACUACAGGCUGCCUGACAGGAACCAGGCGGUGAGUAGAGAGUGUGAUGGCGGCGUUUUAAUUUGAAAAGGCGGUAAACUUUGUGCAGGAGUGAGAGUGACGUUUGGUGAACUUUCUUGAUCUGUCAGGUGAGUUGUGGCUUUUAUGGUUAGUAUGAGUGAAGAGGAGUGGAUGUCAUCAUGUGGUCGGUAUUGUCGUCACUUUUAAGCUCACACACUCACUCCAGGUCUGAGUUAGUCAUGGUGUAAAUCCUCAUUAAGACCAUCCUGACUUUGACACUCAUGUGGAUGUUCACAGCAUGCAUGUUCUCUUUUGUACACAGUCUGAGAACAUGUUAUCAGUGUUGCUCCAGUCAGAUCACUUUAGAUUAAACAACCAGCCGUCCUUCAGCUCGUCUUAUGUGGGUGUUAAUAAUGGCUCAGUGCAAUGUGAUCUCACACUCCUUUCACAGUCUGUCAACUGCUGCGUGUGUGUCUGUGUUCACUUGUGCGUGAGAGUCUGGCGGCUAUAGCUUAUAAUCAUGUGUGGGAUUCCAUGAGUGUGUGUGUGUGUGUGUUCAUGCUCUGUUGGUGCAGCGGCGGGCUGAGUCAGUGUACACGCAUAAUGAGUGGGAUGUUAGUGAAGCGUUGUGCUGUAUAAUCCCGCUCUACAGUACACCUGAGGGCAGGAAACCAAGCAGAGGCAGCCCGAUUUCACGCUCACAUCAGCAGGCGCGUGUUUAAGAAGUCUAACGUGCAUCACUUCGGCUUGUUGAGGGCGCCUGGAGCUCAAACUAUAGGGGAUCUAUUGAAGUGCUCAAGAUUUGACUUUCAUUAUUUUCGCACAUGAAUUAGAAACAUACUUGGACUCGUUCAAGCAGGAAUGAGAGAGCUUCGAUUACAUUUUUCUGUAAAUACCACACACUCAGUCUUCAAAAGAGAUACGAAAGAGAUGUUUAGCUCAUAUCAAGUCUUCUGCAAGUGCAUGAAGUUUCAAAAUGCAACAUUAAAGAAAGAAGAGUUCAUUUUUGUCAUGUUUCAAAAGCAUUCAGCAAAUCAUACACAGACAUGCAGAGUCAAGCUUUCUUCUGAUCCACAGGACUUUAGAAAACUAGUGUGGAGAUAGACUGAUUAGUCAGUUAGGGGAUUAAUUGGACUGAUUAUGCCAUUUUUAAAUAAACUACAUCAGCUUUUACAAUAUGGAAGUCAGCCAGUAAAACCUUUCUGUAAAACCAAGAGAUAUAAAAACAACUUUAUCACAUCAGAGAGAUCAACAAGUCAGAGAUAUUUUUGGAUCUCUUUUAAAUCUCCUGUGUGGAACUUACAGUUUCUAUCCAUUUUGGCGCCCCCUGUGGACAAUGCAGUCUUUGCUUAUCUUGUCCUCCACAUGCUUUUACAGUCUCACCUGACAGAAAUGUCAUCCUGCUGACUUUUGACAGUCAAAUUCACUGUAAAUAUUUUAAGUGGAAAUGGUAAUAACAGGGUGUUUUCUUCAGCUGCUCAACCGACACCUUCCCCCCUCAAAGCAGCUUCAGGCACUAAAAAUUACAAUGUACAAAUUGCCAGUCUUGUCACUGACGGUCCUGUUUGCUUUUUGGUAUCAUGAAAAGGUAGUAAUGUGAAUUUCAGUUGAUUUCAUAAACAUAAUAAAAACCCGCAUGGGAGCUUUAACUUAAGGGAUUUGCUGAAAACAUUAUAAUGGAUGUCGAUUAUUGAAUAUGAAGGAUUUUGAAAGACUAGCCUGUAUCCAAAGAUGUUUUGUGUGAAUAGCGAGUCAAAACCACAACAAGACAGUUGACGACAUCUGCAGCUCUUUCAAGAGAUAUUCUAAAAAUCAAUUAGAAACAGACACAGAUAUCUAUGAUGAGCACAUGCUGAGUGGUCGUGACUCUGCUGCCUCUGUUUUGCAUCCCUGCUGUGGAAAUAAUGAAAUCCUCCUAAUUCAUUCAUGUCACAGGGCCAGUUGUUGUUUUUUCGAACACUAAAUGAUUGAAAAGUCAUCUGUCAUCAUCUGUAAUCAUGUGUGUCUGUGUGUGUGUGUGUGUGUGUGUGUGUGUGUGUGUGUGUGUGUGUGUGUGUGUGUGUGUGUGUGUGUGUGUGAAGGCAUGUUGACGAGGUUUUUCAUUUCUGCCAAAUCACUGUGAAAGUCCGGCUUUAGACUGUGGCAGCAACCAAAACCAAACAAACAGCCCGGAUCACCGCUCUCCCUUAUGAGGUUGUCAUGGAGAUUUUUUUUUUUUAGUCGUUUCCAAUGACAGACACGCUCAGACAGACUGGUGUGGGCUGUUUCCAUGGUGAUAUCACACUUGUCAGUACAGUGUCUCAGCUGCAGCUCUGCCUUUUUGGGCUCUUUUACCUGCACAGGAGGUUAAACAAGGUCGCACAUACUCACAUGUCGGCUUUAUGGGCAGCUUAUGAUACUUUCGCAUGGUUGAAAUGACAGAGUAUGUGCGCACGUGUGUCUGUGUGUGUGUGUGUGUGUGUGUGCAUGUUUGGUUUCAGAUUAUGUGCCGCUGCUGACCUAAAAGCAUUGUGUUUUUAUUUUCUUAUCCAGUAUUUCCAGGAAUCAGGCCCAGAGCUAUCACAACACAGAUAUGAGUUUGUGGCUAUCAACACACACAUACACAUAUACACACAUGCACACACAGGAACGGGAAGGGAACACAGAGUGCUUCCUUUUGGUUCUCUAUGAGGCCCACCUUUCCUCUGCACGUUUGCCGUAUCUUGUGUGUGAGUUUGAGAAAGAAUCAAAGACACAGAAACAGAAGAGUGUGUGUUUUCAGAGGAGUGUGUUCACAGUUGAUGACCCUGUGAGGGACACAGCAAGAGCAAGUCUUCAUUUUCUCUUCCCCCUAAAAAACCCUCAGCCCUCUGGAGCAUGAAGUCUGACCAUUCAAAGGCAGAGAGGGAGAGACUCUGGCGGAGCGUGUGAGCAGAGGAAACAGAAAAGUGUUUUCAGAGGUGAACAGAGGAGACACACGGGAGGGGACCUGUUUAAGAACAGAAGGAUGAAUUGAAGGAAGGGAUGGGGAGAAAUGGAAGGAAAGAGAGAGGCACACCUGUCGGGUGACGGUCCUGAGAGCUGACCUCAGAGAGGCACUUUAUCCGCGUCCUGCAGAGUCAGACCUGACCUUUAACCCGUGUAUGAUAGAUUACAGGAUGUGUUACGCAAUAACUGAAACAUUCAUCUUUCUGCUCUGUGUUUGUUUUCCUCCAAAGCCUCGAAAAUGUUAAAGGUGCAGUAUGUAGAUUUAGGAGAUCUUACUGUAAGAAUCCCUUCUGUCACUGAGGCGAUGGUGGCUGUCAAGGGUAAAAAAUGAUUUAUGCAAUAAAGAUGGCAUCAUCCAUAACAGACAUGAGUGAUCCAGCUGUUUAAAAGAAGGAGGUGGCAAUAAUUUUGUAAUUUCAUCAAGAUAACUCGAAGUUUUAUCUCAGCCCUUCGAUAUCAUUGAGUUUUUCAUUGUUUUGGUAACACAAACUGCUGUCAAAGAUUUCGUGAGUCAUUUUCCCUCCAGAAUAAAGGUUAUAUUACAAGAUUAAAUCUCAAGUAAGGUUGUAAUGAUAUGAGAUUUAAGGCAAAUUGCAGCACAGAAUAAACAUUUCAUUUAAAUUCUACGUAAUGGACCUUUAAAGUGUAGUUUCUCUUUUCAUUCAUGUGAUGAUUAUUUCAGCUGAGGUUAAUCUCAUCAUUUAAAAGUUUGAACUAAAAUCUUCUCUCCCCUCUGGCUCUUCUUCAUGUGUUUUCUCGCCCUCUAACACUCCUCCAUGUCUCUCACUUGCUCUCUUCUCCUCUUUCAUCUUUCUCUCCUCUUUUCUCUCUCCUCUCUUUCUCACUCCCUCUCUUCCUUGUUGCAUAACUGUCUGACCCUUCCUCACCACAAUGUUCAAGUACAUACUUGGUAUGUUUUUCCUCGUCAUGGUUUGCAUUCUUUCUCAGGCUGUGUCCAUGUUGUUGUUGCACUUUAACGCCUCAGACGAGGUUAUUAAUGUGAGAAAAUGCGACAUAUAGUGACAUAUGCGGAGCAGGAAUGUAGUGAGGUUUACUCUUGUGCUGGUUUAUUUUCAGAAAGCCUUUUGAUGUUAUGUGUGUGUGUGUGCAUGUGUGUGUGUGUGUGUGUGUGUGUGUGUGUGUGUGUGUGUGUGUGUGUGUGUGUGUGUGUGUGUGUGUGUGCAUGUGUGUGUAUGUAAGUUGUUUUUCUUGGCAUCAGUGUAAAGAGUGUGAGCGUGUUAUCGGAAAGAUCAGCUAUUUGCUCCCGUAUCAAGAACACAGGCUGUAAGACGCUUCAGUUUUCAUAGUAGUUUCUGAACUUGUUACAUAAUCCUCUUUUUUUCACAGUAUCUCUGUGACAUUAUUAGAUAAUUAGAGACAGAAAAAGGUUAGAGGAGAGUAAGGACAGAGAAUAAGGAGUUCAUGGUGAUGAGAUCUAAUAGCACGCCUCCUUAAGACCACUUAACCACCAAACGUGUUAUCAUGACAUCAUAUCUGGGCUGCUGGGCGCGGUCUGGGUGACAGCCCAGAUUGUAAUUAAUGCCAUGCAGUGUCAGAUCUGUUUACGUCAGGCAUCAGUUCCUUUUCUAUCAGCGGUAAGGAUCUCCGCUUUUAUAAUUUUAUUUUCAUAAUCUAUGUUACAUCAUUAAAGGCCUGAAUCGUAAGUGUGCAGAAUUCUAAAACCCUAUGAUAACACUUAACUUGACACCUAUCUCCUAUCUAAUCACGUUAUAGCACUUUAUAGCUAUAGUUAUAAGCACUCUUAAAUGAUUAUAAUGCUUUAUAGCAAUAAUUAUAACACAUUAUAAAGCAUUUAAUCAUGACUUACAAGGUCAGGUAUUAUAAUGUGUUAUGCUUAUUGUUAUAAAGCCUUAUGAUAAUAAUUGAGUGUUUAUAAUGAUAGUUAUACAUGUUUAUAAGCAAAUAAUAACACAUCAUAAAUAUAUGUAUAAUGCAUUAUGUGGGCAUUGUCAGUGAGUUGUCAACAGUUGUGACAAAUUAUAACACCUGACCUUGUAAGUCAUGAUAAAAUGCUUUAUAAUGUGUUAUAAUUAUUGUUAUAAAGCAUUAUGAUCAUGAAUGAGUGUUUAUAACUAUAUUUAUACAGUGCUAUAACAUGAUUAUAACAUAUUAUAUAUAGAUUUAUAAUGCCUUAUAGAGAUAGGUGUCAAGUAAAGUGUUACCAAACUCACUUUUGCAAAAUUUGACAAAAAUCUCAUUCAGCUUCAUUUGCAUUCAAAUAAAUAUACUCCAAAUAUACAGUGAGGGUUGGUGCUGAUAUCUCAGUUAUAGCUUUACCCUCAGUCUGUUUCAUAACCACCAAGGAGCCUUAAAAGCAGCUCCAGUUAUCUAAUCAAACUUGAAGAUGCUUCAGAGUCUAGAACAAGACAUCGUGCUGCCACCAACACCUCCAGUUUGUUCUCCAAGUGUUCUGCCAAGAGAGAGGCUCUGUUACCAGGAGCCAAACCAGAAGACCUGCAGGAGUGGGCGAGUGUUUUCUCUUUUUUUCUAUAACCUUCGAACUACCUGAACGCCCCUUCAAUGAGUCAUAAUAAGGUGUCAAAAUUAACACAAAUAAUCUGAGUGUUAUAUCAUUGUGUCUUUUGGCUGUAACAUAGACACGGACUGUUAUGAAACAGUGAACUGAAGCUCGACUUUUGAAGUCAGUUUAUUUAUAAAGCCCCUAAACCACAAAUAAGCCGGAGACCCCCUCCGCCCUCAAACCUUUGAUCCAGAUAAGAAAACCCUCCCCUGGAAAAACUCUUUGAAGGGAGUGUAGAAACCUCAGGGAACGUGCAGAGAAAUUACUCUUAAAAGCACAGAGCGAAUAAAAAGUUCAUCAGUGUUUAAACUUUAUUUUAAGCUCUGAGCCAUAAAAAGAGUUCGCUUUGUUAGACAGGCUCCAGAAUAUCGGACGAUAUUGUGUUUCAGCAGACAAACACACACCUGAGGAGGAGGAGGUGGAUCGACCUUACCUGCGCUGUCUGCACAUCUGUAAAAAAAAACUGCAGUUUAUGAGUCAUCAGGACACGUCUGCACGCAAACACUCGCAGCACUUAAGGCAUGUUGUUGUGUCUGACCCGAGUCUGUAACCAAGUGAACUGUUGUCUCAGGAUCAGACGACUCCUUUCAUCAGUCCAUCCCAGAGAAAGCAUGAUCCUUGUGUGUGUGUUUGAAUGAUUAUUGACCGGUCUUUGUGUGUUACUGAGGUAUCUCUAAGUGUAUCAGCUGGCUGAUGGCUCCUUCAUGUCUAACCUAGAACCACAGUUCUCAGUUUUAUCAGAGUUAUUGAUGACUUUUGAACUCUUGAACAGCCGUCCAUCUCUUCAUUCAACUGCUCCAAAACUGAAUCUUUCUGUGAUUGUUGCUUCAGUCUCUUUUCCGCGACAGAGGGAGCAGUGGCAGGAGAGGCGUCGCUCCUCUAUCUCUCUCCCUCUCUCUCCUCCUGCUCUUUGAUCCUCCUCUCCUCUACUUUUCUCGCUCUCUCUCCUCCUCAGGCUGCUUCUUAUUGUGCUCCUUUGUCCAUCUGGAGCUCUGUUCUCUUUGCUGUUGCUGCAGGUGUGCGUUAAGGUGCCAUUCCGUUUUUGAAACGGGAGACCACUUCAAGUGUCGGCCCACAUUCCUGGUUGUUCCUAUUAUUAAUUACAAAGCACCGUUUCUUCUGAAGGCAGGAAGCUCAAUACUUCCUUUGAUGGUGCCAACAAGAUGUGUCUGUGCAAGUGUGGACCAGUGAAUGAGUGUGUGUAAAAUAUUUUUAUGAAUAGAGGAAAGGUAGAUGUAGCUAAAGUUUGACUUUUGAUUGACGCUGUACUGUAACCAAUAGCAGUGCAAAAGGAGUCCAUGUCUGUCCACCUAAAGGGACAGUUUUCACUAAUGAGAUCCUCAUUUUUGGACCUCAAGGUGAAUAUUUGUGUCUUUCAAAGUCAAAGGUGGACGAUAUCCAUAGUUUUUCAGUCAUUUUUUCAGUCAUUUUCAGUCUCUUAUUAGGGCUGGGUGAAAUGGGAAAAAGUUUAUCACUAUAUAUUUUUUUCACAACAGUCGAUAUUGAUAUAUAUUACAAAAUAAAAAAUGAAAUUUAACAGUGCUUAUUGGUAGCAUGUCUUUUGCAAUACAAUAAGCUACUGCAUCUGUGAGGUCUUUGUGUCUCUUCAACGUUUUGUUGUAGGUUGUUACGUUAGAGAAAGCAGAACGGUCAGCUGUUUCAGCUGCAUAGGUGCCAUGGGCUCCUUGCUCCACUCAGGGUUUGUAACCUUUAGCAUUGCACGUGCUCUGCGGCGUGGCACUGCUGAAAAAGAUGGUGAAAAAGAUUUGAGGUAUUCCCCGACUUUGCGAGAACAUGUACUCGACAUAAUUUGUAGUAAACAUUACUCUGCUUUAUGUCCAACCUCAAAAGACCAAAAUACCUCCACACCACCAACGUUUUUGUGCCAGUGUUGUCGACAAUGUCUUUAUUUGUUGAGCCUUCAUCUGCAUUUCUGCCGAGGGUAGCACUCAUUUUCAGUUUCUUUCCCUCUCACCGACAGUGCUGUCAGCUUCACAUGUUAAAGUGCUAUGGUUGCGUGUAGCUGCGGCCUGCUACCAAGCAGUUGUUUGCUACUUGGUUCUAAUUCAGCACAUGAUUGGUUCAACGCAAAGCAGACCAGGAACAACUCCCCUUUUCAAUGGCUAUUUGUAUAGUCUACCAAAACAUGUCAGAAUGCUGACUAUCAAAAAGGAUAUUGACCAUGUUUUAUACUGAUAUUGAGGGAAAAUAAAUUUCUUUAUAUAUCGUUAUCGUUUUAUCGCCCAGUACGAGCUCUUAUUCAUAAGAUGAGUUUGCAUCGACUCUAAAGCUGAAAGCAUUGAGUUAUUGUCUCUCUCUUUAAUUUAAUCCCUGACCUGUUGUCUCUUUUCUCUCCCUCAGGAGGCGGUGGGGAGAGUUUGUCUGAAGGAACGAGGAAGAGACGUGUUGGUGUUACGAAGAGUGACAUCCUCAGUGACGUCGCCAUCCGACCGGCCCUCACCCACAUCCUCUGGGGGCGGGUCUAGAGAGGAGGACUGUGACAAGAGGUCAGUCCCUCCCCCUUUCAUAAUAAAAGCCUUCAAAGACGCAGCAGAAGCAACAAAAAUUUCAUCAUAGUGCUCCUCCCUCUUGUUUUCAGUUUGUGUUCACUUUGGGAGCUCAGGUUGCGACCACACAGUCUUGCAUGAGCGUGCAAAGUAUAAGUGUCAAGUCUGUGUGUGCGUGUGUGCGUGUGUGUGUGUAUGUGUGUGUCUGUGUGUGUGUGUGUGUUAGAUAAUGUAUGCUUUAGCUUGUGGCACAGAGAGAGGAGAAGAGAAUGGCUUUUUUGUUCAGCUGACAGGGAAACAAAGAUGACACCAAGACUGGUUUAUCUCCUUCUGCACAUCAGUGACUGGGUUCACGAUCACAUUUAUGAUUGUGCACUUUUGUGAUAUACAUGCAUCUGUGUGUAUGAGUAUGUGUGUCUGUGUCUGUGUGCACAACUGUUUUUCCUCAAAGUCAGUAUCUCUGUGCAGUGUCUGCUUGUAUUUAAGCCAGUUUGUGCCAAGACCUAAGGCACAAUGCAGGGAGUGUCAGUGACAGGCAGGUUAAGUGGGUGUGUGUAAGUGUGUGUGUGUGUGUGUGUCUGUGUGUGUGUGUUUGUGUAUAUACAGUGCUCAGCAUCUUAAGCAAUCAGUUCCCUCUGAAGCUGCUGUCAGAGAGAGAGAGGGUUUUAUCUCUGGAGCUCUGGGCUGACAGGGGCAGACGGCCUGGCAGUUUACCCCACAGGAGAGCACCCUUCCUGGGCCUGCAAAGUUUAGAUGAGGGCUGUUCUUCUGGAAGUGCUCCGAUAUGAGGAUGACCACCAAGCUAGCUACGCUCGCAGAGGCAGAGGAGGACAUAGAUGAUGAAGACGAGGAAGAGGAUGAGAGUAGCAACCCUGACGAAGAUGAAAGCAGUGCUGAAACUUGUACAUUUGAUGUCCCUCAUUUCCGCUACAUUGAUGAAGAAGAUGUGGAGGAGGAGGAGGAGGAGAGUGGUCAUACUUGGUUUUCAUGCUCUGGUGAGGAAGAUUGUCAUGACUCCCCCUCUUACAGGUAUGUGGUGGUGUCCGGGACGCCCCUCAAGAUCUUGGAGCACCUGCUAAGUGACUUGCGGUUGGAUGACCAAAGAGGGGCGCCAGAGAGCAGAGAGAGCGGUGAGUUUGUCAGCACACACUUACACACAUGUGACAAUGCUGAAUUAUGUAAGUUUUUCCUCGUGAUCACACGGUAGCUAAAUUCCUCUGACUUCCGGCUCAAGAAGAGAAGCAUGAAUACUGGUGUCACGUCAAACUGCUGUUUGGAAGCUUACAAGCUGUGUAAACAUGGAGAAUCUGAGCAGAUUUCAGCAGAUUUUUAGAUGUUUGCCUCCACUAUUCUACCCACACCUACGUAGCUUCCUGCCCCCAUCCCAAGAAUUUGAUUUUCAGCACCCAGCAAGUCACGACACAGCCCACCCCGGACCUAUUUGUGAGUCUUUUAUUUUCCUCAAAGUUGUUUCAAGCAUCGACGGUAUGCUCUCCACCUCAAAUAUGUGUGUGUGUGUGUGUGUGUGUGUGUGUGUGUGUGUGUGUGUGUGUGUGUGUGUGUGUGUGUGUGUGUGUGUGUGUGUGUGUGUGUUCUGCUGCAUGAGUCAGUCAGCCUUCAGACCACAGCCAGGUGCAGUCACUCAGCUAUGUCAUCACCUGUAAAUAUGACGAGCAUUCAAGAGGUUAAAUGCUUUAAUGAGUUUGUGGAACGAUUCCCUCGGGCUGCUUCUGCUACUGUUACUGUUACUGCUGUGGGCGUUUCUGCUGCAAGCUCUUUCAAAUGGCUGUAAAGUUAAACAUCAUGCCUGAUAUUUACGACCUUCACACCCACUCAUGAGCUUCUUGCUUCUUCAUUAGAGCAGGAGUUAACCUUACAGUCAUACUUUUCAGUCCAUGACCUCAAAAAUAACUGUGAUAGAGACUGGUGACCUCCAAUGUCCCCCAAGGUGUUUAGACGAUGCUCAAAGCUGCACACUUGAACUAACAGGCCAAUCCAUAAACCGACUCACUUACUGUCAUCUAAUAAAAAGGCUUCAAGUAGAAUACAAAGUGUGCUUUAUGGUUAGACUGGUGCUGAACUGAAGACAUGCAGGUGACUCCUGUGUGUCUGCAAAAAAUCUCCUGACUUAAAGUAUAUGAACCUGUUGCUGUUUUCUGUGCUGCUGUAAAUCAACCUGCUGUGACUGCUGUUGUCCUCAAUCAGUCAUAAUCACCUCUUUUUUUGCCAUGGAAAUACAUGGAAAUGGAAAUACAAAUAUUUGAUAUAUUUUUACAUUAGUUGAUCAAAUCUGCAAUUUAACCUCUCAGAGACACCUAACCUCCACUUUGGGACCCAUCCUUAGGUAUUGUUCGUCUUCUCCUGAGGGGAGGGGGUCUGGCUUGGUUUGUUGGCCAGGAAUGGUAUUGGCUCCUCACACGUGGAUGUCAAGGAGAGGAUGUUUUGGCAGUUGCUCUUUGGCCAUGUUAUGUUGCAAGGGAGUUCAGUCAUAUUAUAAAAAUACUUGUAUACAUCCCACUCAAGGCAACGGCUGAAGUUUCGUGUGAUGUUCUCCAUGAAACAAUCGCUAAGAUAUGGGCUAAAAGGCCAUUCUGAAAAACAUAGAUCACCCAUCUUUUAUCAUCUUGAUGGACCAAAAAAAAAAAAUCAACAACAGUGGAGGAUGACUCUUCUCUCUUUGCUGCAUGACAGAGAGAUUAAGAAGAUCAUGUGUACCUACAACCGUUAGACUUCUUAAUUCUUCUUAUCACAGCGGAUAAGAUGAGAUUCCAGACAAACAGAUUUCUUUUUGGAGAUCAAGUUCUUGUUCAUGAGUUCAUGGGUAACAAAUAGUGGUGUGCAACUUAGGAUACACAUUCAUCCCACUUAUUUAUUUUUCUCUGCUUUCUGUAAAAAUGCCCCCCCCCCAAAAAAAAAAUAAAAUAAAUAAAAAUAAUGAUAAUUAAAUUAAAUUAAAAAUCGUCACAUUUGUGAAGGCAGAACUUGACAAUUACUCACAUAAAUUUCUCUAUAAUGUCACUUAAAAUCUCUGCUUCAGUGAAAUAACGCUCAACCUGUGUUUUAUACGAACCAAUUCCUGCUUCUUUGUUUCCUCCGUUUUUAAGACAAGGCGUCUUUAUGUAUCAACUCUCCAGCUCCACCAGUUCCCAGCAGUCCACAGGGAGCCAUCUUACUGAAUUGCAGGAAGCGAAUGAAGAGAGAGUGAGGGAUGAGUGUGAGAGAAAAGAGAGCGAGAAAGAGGACUGAGGUGGUCUUUGUGGGAGAAGUCCGCCUGGUUUUUACUCACUCAAAGGAAAAAGACACUUUUUUUUCCCUGAAGAAACAGGAAUGAAGAUAAAGAGUGUGUAUGUGUAUUUUCGCCUAGCUGUGUAUGUGUGCUGAAUAAGCAUGAGGUUUAGCAUGUAACUGUGUGUGUACAUAUGUGUGUGUGUGUUUGAAGGCCCUCUGGGUUGUUGCUGAGCAUCAGUGUGCCGUUUUAGCGGGCUUAGCCGUGCAGCAUGUUGAACAGGCUCGAACACGCUUCCACAGAGAGAGAGAGAGCGAUUACCCCAACCAUCUCCUCCUCGUGUACACAUAAAAACACACACAACAACACUCAACGCAGCAGCAGAUUACUGCGAUUACUCCAGCACACACACACGCGCGCACACACAUCCUCCUGUCUGCCUUUCUCUCCCACCAGAGAUAAACUCCCCAAGGUCAGAUGUGAAUGAGUUAUUCAUCAGGGUGCUGCAUGUGUGUCUGACUUUGUGCGUGCCAGCGGGCAAACUCAGAGGGCAUAUGUUGAAGAUGAAAAUGGAUAUUUAUCAUCGCAGAGAGCCGAGCGUAGGAGGGGAGAGGUAGCGGGAGGAAAUGUAGCCGUGAGAAGGAGAAAAUGAAAUACAGGGUUGGAGUGAUGGAUGACGGGUGGAGGGAGGAGAUAGUUUGAGAGAGAUUGGGGGAAUACAGAGCAGAGUGGCAGCUGGUCAAGUAGCUCUACAUGCACAGAUUGGAGAGAAAAAAGAGGAAUGGCGGUAAUUCAGCAGGCUUUUUUUUUCAAAGAAGUGAUACACUCAGACAGACCUGCCUGAAAAGAUUUCUCUGGAGAAGUUGUGUUUUUAUUUCCAAAGAGAAGACGCUCCAUCAAAUAUUAAUGCUGCGGCCUCUGUUCAGUCUUCUAUAAUUGAUUCCUUUGCUCUCUGCCUGACAGAGCCAUAUUUGGGUCACACAUUUUCCCAGGCAAAGAGUUUGACACCACACACACACACACACACACACAAACAUGCGCGCCACAGCAAACUCACACCACCAACAAUGGCUCAUUACCCAUCUGCCACGAGGGCUGUUCAUAUUCAGUUUUUAGCCAUUGAGCACCUGCUGAGUCUCUCACACACACACACACACACACACACACACACUUGCAGUUUGCCCAGGUGAAUUUCUUCGACUGUGUUCGUUCUCGUUUGUGUUUGAGAAAGAGGAGCUGGUAUCUUUCGUGGUCAUGUGAAUUUUUGCGCAGCUUUGUCUCAGAGUUCACCACAAUGGGGCGUCACAUUUCACCUCAACAUGAAACACACCAGACACAAUCAUCAGCUUUCAUAGUAUUUGGAAACAAUCACUCUUGAAACUUCUCAGCAGCCUCACCUCUUUACACUUCUCUCUUCCUUCAUCUUCCUCUUUCCCCUCUCUAGACCCAGCUCAGUAGAUGUCUGUCUAACAUGAAUCUGGUUCUGCUUGAGGUUUCUGCCUAUUAUAUAUAGUUCUUCUUCUCCACUGUAACUUGAUGAAUCCUGUAAAGUGAAGAUAGGAUGGAAGUGGGUCUGAUCUUAUAAGAUGGAGCUUAGUUUUAUCCCAUCUUUACACUGAGUCUUUGUCAAUAGAGUAAAGUCUAGACCAGCUUUUUUGAGUUUCUUGAGAUUACACAAAGUGAAUUGGCUCUAUAUACGUAAAUAAAGAUUGAUUGACUGAAGUUGCUCUUCAUCAUGUCCUUUGCUCAAACUUUACAAAAAUACUUUUUAUAUGAGAAAUCAAACUGCAAGUAGAUGUAAACUUCAGACCGAACAUGCACCAACAGAGGUCAAAAUGCGCACAUGUGUGAAAAGACACAGAUAACAGAUUUCAUUCUGCUGAGAUUAUAGACAUGAUAAACCAGAUUGCCGAAUUACAUCUGAGAUCCAAGAGGUAAACUUUCAACUGAGUAUACACCACUGGAGCAUAUCAUAAUGGCAAACUUGCCUGCUUUAGCUCUUUAAGUACUGCUUAUUGCAUAAACCAAAAUCUGCUGAUACAUGGUGGUUUGUUCAGAAGUCUGAACACUUCUCACCCCACAGUCCGACCCCCUGUGCUCAAAAUGUACUUGGAAAUGUACAGUGGAAAGAGGAGGAGAUGAGUAGAGAGAGCGGGGAGUGACAUGUGGAAAAGGCACAAAAGGACUGGAGGUGAACCCAGGCCUGCUCAGGGCAUAACCUCUGUAUAUGGGACGCAGGCGCAGACUGAGGCGCCAGCAGUGUCCCUUAGGUGAAAUUUAAAAAAGAAAUCUGAUAAUGCGGACCUUACUUCCUAAUUUGAAGGAUCUCCAGUUAAGAGAAAGUCUGCAAAGAACCCAAAAUAUAUAAAUUUCUCUUCACAAGACUUGAAAUGUGUUUUUAUUUGUUGAUUUUGUGCAGCCAAAAUAAACACAUCAACACUUUUUAAGUUGAUAUUGCUGAUGCGUUUGUAAAGAGCUUCAUCUAAAAGAGUCUCCCGACACAGAGCAGCAUUAGCAUUCAUUUAGAGUCCUGUUUCUGGCCUGCUGAUGACUGUAAGUCCAAUAUUCACUCUCGCUUUGGUCUCCGUCCAACUCCUGAGGGAAACAUCCGGCUCUUUAGCGGCUAAGUGCUCCGCUGUGUUCACCAGCUUGUCACUAACUUUGCCUGUCUGCUGAUGGCGCUGGGCAGGUAGCGCACGGAAAAUCUGUGGAGCCUUUCCACCGAAAACAGCAGCUUGUUGCAGAGGAAAAAUGACGCAACAGGGCGAACUGGAACAGAAGAGAGUGUGCUGAGGAACAAAAAUGAGCUCAAAAGAAGCAAGACUCUAAAAUUUAGGCUGAUCAGUCACUGUGGAUUUAUCUGUGCAGGCUUUCCCAAACAUAACUCCUCCAUCUGAUUUCUUUAUUGAUAUUAAACAAGUGAUUUUUAAACUACAUAAAGGCAAAUAAAGGCAGAAAUUGGAGGUAACAUAUUAGAAUGAAAGAUUAGGGUCAAUUUGUGAUGUUUCAAAAACUCAAAUAUUUUAUUAACUUAUAAUUGCUAACAAUGUGUGUUUUUAUGUUUCAGAACUGCUGCUGGAUGACUUCCUGUUGACCUACCUGGUCUUCAUGUCCACGAACGACCUCUGUCAGGCUCUGCUGGGACAAUAUCCUUACUGGAAAAUACACACACACACAUCAUUUUAGCCUCCUCACUGUCUAGCUUUGUCUCCUUGACCGCUCUCACUUAUAGCAGUGCUCGCUGCAGAGGCCAGGAGGAGGGCAAAGACGCCCUCUUUAGGAAGCGUAAGGUACUACAGCUGGUCUCUCACUGGAGCCGACUCUACAAGGACUUCCUCAAGGAAGAGGAACACGUCAGGAGCUUCAUGAAGGUACACUCCACUCUUUAUUUCUGUGUCCUCUCCUCGCUGAAUUUUCACAUGUUUGAAUGAUUUAGAUCCUCUGGAGUUUUUUCAUCUCUCUGUCCUACACAGACAGAACAUCAAGCACAUUGUGGGGGAAAUAAGGCCGAGCAGAGUGUGUGUUUGUGUGAUGUUUGUUCCUGAUCUCUCUGUUUGCUGUCUUUCCUCUGAGCUGAGUUCAAGCCAUCUCCCUUUGGAGAACCUUGUUGAUGUUUAUAUCUCAGCUUUCCGACAAAGCAAACGAAUAAAACAUGGCAAAGGAGGAUUUCAGCAGACUUGAAAGGUUACAUUAUUGUUGAAGGCUUCAUUUUUCACAUUUACAUGUCAAACCAAGACAUAUAAAUAACAUGUGAUGUAUCAUUUACAUAUUAUAGACAGACUAUGCUCUUUCUGUUUACUGUGCAUGAAAUAAAAUAAACACCAAGAACGUCAUGACAUUGAAAAGCUGCUCACAGGAGACUUUUACCAUCACGGCUUCAUGAAAUUUCAUUAAAAUGCUGCGUGCGUCCUCCUCAGUGUUUGUCACAUGAAACAUCUAGACUAAAUUUGAGUCAUGCAGAAACCAUGACACUCACACACAUACACACACACACACACACACACACACACACACACUGAUCACCCGUCCCUCUGUAACCCGGCGGCUGCGUUGCACUGUGCCCCGUUGCCACGGAAACCAAAGUGCGAGGGUUGGCAUGGGUAUAAUCUCAUAUGGAGUGCGUAACCCAGGUGAUAGUUGCCUAGUAACAGAGCAGCAAGAGGGAAAUUGGGAUGGGAGACGAUGGCGGGUCAAUGUCAGCGAUAAGCAGGUGUGUGUGAAGAUUACGUGUGCGGGAAUGCAAGAGCGUGUGUCCUUGUGAGUUGUCAUUGUCGCCGCUUUAUAGUUUUACAACAACACAAACACACACAGAUGACACGCAAACACAGGAGUUUGUGACGAGUCAGCCAUUAAAUCACAGGAUGCAGAAUUGGCCGGAUGUUUCUUUAAUGGGAUCAACCAACGCAGCUCAAUUUAGCCGUUCUGUUAGCGCUGCUGCACAGACUGUUGUACUGCUGUUAUGGAGCUGGUUCUUAUGGGCUCAAGGACUCAUAACUUAUCCUGCCUCCUUCUUGUAAUGUCAUUAAAAUAAAAGAAAGCUGUGCUGUGUUAUUAUCAGGAGUAGCUUUUAUAGACACUGGCCUGCCUUAAGUAUUCAUAAGGUUUAAGAGUUGCUCCAAUAGUGUCCGUGUUUGAGAGGUGUUCCCGAUGAAGAGAGUCAUUCAGAUUAAAGCCCCAGUGAGGGACUUUUGACGUGUGCUGAUUCUUUGUUUUGUUUACUCAAUUCAAGUAUCAUAAAACCAGAUGAAAUCACAUCCUUAUAAAUAUAAAUCACCUUUUGAAACAUGAAAUUCUUGCUUUGUUUCCAGACUCUGUACAGGUGUGUUUUAGAGGACCUGUAUGAGUUCCCCACACUUGAGAAAGACCUGAAGGAGUUCCAGAAACUUCUGCGCCGCAGACAGUAAGUGUGUUUGUCUCUGUAUGUCAGACAUGAAAGCCUGUCUCUGGCUUUUUUUCUGUGCCUACCUACAUACCUGCUGACUUGUGUGCUUGAUUUUUGUCUUAGCACUGUGGAUGACUGCCCUCCAAACCAAAAGGUAGGUUGAAGAGAGGUUUAGUCAUUACAUUCAUGCUGCUUUAGUCAGCUUCCUUGCACCUGCUCCUAAUGUUUACUACUGAAUAAAGACAAAGUGAGGAGAAUAAGUGACACAUAUGACCAACUCCAUAUUGUGCUGUCUCUCCGUCAGAGUAAACAAACACAUCAGCAGCUGAGUUUGAAGGAAAACUGUUUACAACUUCGAAGCCCACCAGCAGAGACCAGAGAGGGUGAGCAACAAACACAAACACACGCAUUAAACACUAAACACAACUACACACCACCCUGGACUGAUCACAAUCAUGCAUAAUGACAGUCUGUGAGUUGUUAUUUCAUGCAUAAUGUCCACAUGCAAAUUGCUUAAACACAGAGUUUGCAGCUUUCUGUCAUUACGAGCACUCUGCAGAAAUGACCCUUUUCUGUUUGUGUGUUCACAGUCAUUUGUUGCGUGUACGUGAGCGCCGACUCUUACCUGAGCAUCCACACGCACCCGUCACUGGAGGCCCACGAGCUGCUGAGGAUUGUGGGUCAGAAGAUGGACCGAGCAGAAGAGGAAAUGGUGCUGGCUGUGGUGUCGCACACCGGAGGUACACACACAAAGAAAUGCGCGCGCCACAUAUAAUCAUGACAUUCCUAUAACUGCAGCAUUAACUCUUUAAAAUGCUCAUUUUCUGGACCAGUGGUUCAAAAUAUUAACAACAUAAAAGUUGAUAUUGUUGCUCGUUUAAGUUAUUUAAAAGUUCAGGUCAGUUUGGUCUCAUGCGUGUACUUAAUAGAAGCUUUUUGAACCAUUUUACGAUGUCAGCUGUCAGAUCAUUAAUUUUAAUCAGGUAUUCAUAACUUUGAGUUUGCUUUUUAGUUUUGCUUUUGAAGGACUUUUAAUACCUGGUGUGAUAACCUCUUUGUUUUCCCCUUCUCUGUAUUUGUGCGUCUGCAGAGCGGCGGGUGUUGCAGCCUAGCGACUGCGUGUAUUCAGAGUCUCUGACCCCACAGGGGAAGCUGAUGACCUGUCGGAGGGACCUCACUGAGAUCUUGGUGUGUAAAUACACGGUUGGAUUUGUGCAUGUGUCCUGCUGUGAUCUGAAAUCUUCCUCCUUUUUAUCUCUUAAUUGCGUUAAUCAAAGGUGGGGAUGAAACAUGCAGGUGAAAGUUAAACCACAGCCUCUUAGGGGUAUGAUGAUUCGUUCAUCAGGCGUAAGAAUGAAAGACGAACUCUCCAUUAGAAAUAUUUUCACAGUGUUAUGAUGAGUCAGACCUUAUCAGCAAAGCCAGAGGACUCAGGUGAUUGUUGAAACUCUGACUCAACGGGGGAGAAAAGUUGAGUCACUUCCUUUUUGUUGUUUGCUUGACGACGAUGGUAAGACAGAAAAGUGCUGUAUCAGAGUGAGCUGCUCUGAUUUUUUCCCCCAGUGUAGGUGUGAAUUUUCAAACCCUCCGUGGGCAUUUUGAAAUCUGUGUUUCCAGGGCAGAUGGUUGAUUGUUUAAUAUUGAGCGGCGAACAUGUAAAUCCUCUUUAUUAGACACAUUUUGAUGAAUCCUUCCUGCAGCUGGGGUGCUGACAGUGAUGUGAUAUUAAGUUUUAAUAAAAAGAACAUUGUGUGAACUGAGUUAGUGUCAAUUUACAGGCUGACAAAUACACAAUUGUUAUUCAGAUAGUGAGCUGUAACUAGAGGAGGAGUGAACAAUUGCUCUGCAGGAAUCAGCGCUCUCAUCUCAGCUUUCAAGUCUGCUUGUGUGCAGGCUGAAGGCUUUGUCCCUGAUGUUUUUGUGCUUCAUUGUUUUUUUAAAUGUUCCUUAGCCUCCUAAAAAUACUCUUAGCCUCCUUCUUUAUUAUGAUGAUGCAAUUUUUAAGCCUCUGUUUAGCUUAUUUAAUAGACACACUUAAGUACUAAUUUAACUCUCCUCUGUGUGUGCAGCCUCCUUUAACAGACAGCGCUGAGCUAAGCAGGAGGCCUGUGCGACUCUUAGGUAUAAACACCUGGGAUGUUGCUGCUGCUCUCACACACCUGGACUGGGGCCUCUUCAAAAACAUCCAUGAGGUAUACACACACUUAUACAGUACAUACUCCAACAGAAAUGCGUGUGACGUGCAAGUGGGGUUCAUAAUAAAUUCAUGUUCAUGGCAGAGAGUGCUGAAACAUGAGCAUUAAAGAUGCAAAUGCUCCAUGAGAUUUGCUGGAUCAUGAGUGCAGAACGUCUUCCUGCAGCUAAGCAGCUCUAAGAAAGACGAGUAUUUGUGGAAAUGAGGAGGGAAAGCACAGAGGACUGCAUCUAAGACCACUUUUAGACAGAAACGGUCUCCAUAGAAAACGGAAAAUUGCCGUUUCGUUUUCAGUUUUUAUGCAAAUAAUUCAGACGCCUCCUCUGCUGAGCAGUAUGAUCCGUGAGGAUUCUGUACAGGUCGAAAUUGAGCUCCUGUCCUUUCAUUAAUAACGACAGCGUGACUGGAAUGUCCAGCAUGGUUGUUGAUGUUAUUUUCAAGGAAGCCGCGCAUGGCUAUGAUGUCAUAAGCGUGAGCCGACGUGAACCAGGACAUCACAGGUUUGACUGUUUUCAGCGUUUUUGUACUUUAGAAGAAAGCGGGACUAGCAGAGCGUUUACAACAUUUCCACUCUGGAGGGGGUUUUCACUUUGUUACGUUUUCAUCUCCUGAAAACGCAGUUGCCGUCUAAACGGACCCCCUAAAACGAAACUAAAUUUUUCCGUUUUCUGUGGAGAUCGUUUCCAUCUAAAAGUGGCCUAAAUACUGUCAUGUGGAUGUUUUUUGGCAUUUACAUGUAUGUAUGUGGAGUCUAUCUGAACUCUGGACAGUUUAUUAACAGUUUAUUGUUUUGUUGUGAAAAACACUUUCACAAGAAGUAACAAUUUGUCCACAGGGGGCGCCAGAUAUACAUGAAACAAAAAAUCUACACAGGAGCUUUAAUACCGCUUCACUCACCCUCUUCCCUCCUUCCACAUGCAGCAGGAGCUGGUGUACUACACCCUCAGCCGUGCUCCCGGCACCGGCCACACGGCGGCGCUCUCAGUCCUGCUGCAGCGCUGCAACGAGGUCCAGCAGUGGGUCAUGUCCGAGGUGCUCAUGUGUGUGUCGCUCAACAAACGUGUGCAGCUGCUCAAGAAGUUCAUCAAGAUCGCCGCUCAGUAAGAAGAAAACAACGUGCAUAAAUGAAAUGAGUUAAAUGUUUUAAGCGUGUUGACGUUAUUUUUUGGAUGUUUUUGUGUUUUUUUUAGCUGCAAAGCCCAAAGAAAUCUGAACUCUGCAUUUGCCAUCAUCAUGGGUCUAAACACAGCAGCUGUCAGCAGGCUCAACCAAACCUGGGAGGUAAACAAACGAGAUAAAUAGUGACUUUAAACUCAGUGAUUUGCAUCUCAAAUUAAAUCUGGCCAAACUCUUCUCUUUUUAGAAAUGUCCGGGGAAGUUUAAGAAGCUUUUCUCUGAGUUGGAGCUCAUUACGGUGAGAUUAUCCAAACAGAAACAAGAUCAACACAGAGCUUGAAAUCUGUCCCAUUUUUCAUCUGAUAUCAAAAUCUGAAGAAUCUCUUCCUCUUUGUUUAUCUUUCCUUUUCUUUCUUUGUGCUCAUCAUUCAGGAUCCUUCUCUGAACCACAAAGCCUACAGGGAAGCUUUCAAGAGGAUGAAACCUCCUAAGAUCCCUUUUAUGCCUCUUCUUCUGAAAGGUACGUUUUCUGACUCCUCUAAACACACUCACACACAGGCUUGUGUUUUUGUUGACAAAACAACCAGUGAUAAACUUUUCCUCGGUAUUUAGAUAUCACCUUUAUUCACGAGGGGAAUAAGACCUUCCAUGACAACCUGGUCAACUUUGAGAAGCUGGUGAGUUACUUCAACUUUUAAAAGUCUGUCAGUGAAUCAAAUAAAUAGAUACAUACAAGUCAGUCACAGGAUAUAGAGUGUUAAUGAGAUAGUGAAGUUAAGGUUUUGUUUUCAUCUCUAAGUGAUUCUUUAAUGAACACGAUUUACAAGAUUUUCUGCAUGUCAAUCUUAAUAUUAAUCUCUCUGUGUCAAUUCUGGUUGACUCUGUGUUUAAAACAGGCUUUGCGUUUCUCCUCUCCAUGCUUUUGUAUUUUCUUCUGACUAUAAAUCUCAUCAAAUGCAUCAUUUUACGAAUAUUCAAUUAGAAAACUUUGGAAAGGGAGCUUUUUCUUUCAUCACUCCACUGACACCUACCCCAAUAUAAAUAAUAUGAAAACUGCCAGUCUUGCGGCUGGUGGUCUUGUUUGCUUUCGUACAUUGUAUAGAGGCAGAAAUAUGGAAUUCAGUGUAUUUCAUAAAUGUAAAAAAAAUUCCCUACAGGAGCUUUAAAUAGCAAUUUCUAUACUGGUGAAUGUUCAAACCCUUAUUUCAGCACUUUCCAGCCUUUGCCUGAAAUGGUUCAUUUUGGCUGCUUUUCUGGUGAUGUUAAGUUAGACACAGUUUUAGGGUUUAGGGUGUUACUUUUCACACAGCUUUGUCUUCAUGAGAUGGCCUGAAUAUUCUGCCCUCACAGAAAAUGUCUGAGGUGCCCUAUUAGACCUUUUCUAUUGUUGAUUUCCUGCACUUAUGUUGCUCACAGCUUGUGGUUCUUUACCUGCAUUUAGAUCUUUUCCUGAAAUUGAUUUUCCCAGGCAGGAAGAUACUGAAGGAGCUGCUGGGUAGGCAAGUCCUACAACCUAACAGACAGCAGCACUUGGUGUCAGAUUCAAACUGAAUCUUGCCAAGUUUUUAGAAAAAGGUUUUGUCUAGACAUCUAAUAUGAAUGUAUUAAAACGUACAUCAACAUGAUAGGUGUCCAACUUACCAAUGGGUUAAAUUAUGGAGAUCUAGUAUGUUAUCAUAGCUGACUCUUUCACGGUUUUCUAACACACAAACCCCAAUUUAACACUAUCACCUGAGCGUUUCAGACAACAGAAACUCAAACUCUUCUGAUCUGCCUACAGACUCUGUAUCUCACUCAGCUUUUGUUUACAGAGACUAUAAAUGCUGUGAUGAGCUGCAUCUCACACAAAAGACACUGAGUUCCUAUUUGGACGGCGUGAAACAGAGAUGCGUAGAAAUAGGAUUGGAAUUGCAUUUCAAAGCAGCUAAAAUGUGACUUGGAUCAGUUCUGCUGUAACUCCAUUUCAUAUUGAGUUUUUCUUUUUUUUUUUUUGCUCUUCAGACUGACUCAAAUCAAUCAGGGAAAAAAAGUCUGUUGUGCCAGAAGAAAAUUGGCCGGCAGAUUGAAAAAAGCCUCAGAGCGCUGUUUGUUAGGGACCCAAAAACUGACUGACAAUGUUGUGGAAAAUCUCUGCUUUUGCGAAGCAUUAUAAGAGAGUUAUAACUCAAAUGAUGACCGUUUUUGGUUGCACUGAUGCAGUUUGUCCUCUCCUAAACCUACAGCAUAUGAUUGCAGACACAGUGAGGAUGAUUCGCCACUGCCAGAGCGACCAGCCGGGUGAGUGUUUUCUGUUGCACUUUUAUAACAAUUAUAACAGGUCUUUGCUGCUGUCUUCUGACAAACUGUUUGGAAGUGAAGUCUUGAUGUUUGGAGCUGUUCAUUCUUAACUUUCUACCGCCACCUGCAGCUGAUUUGGUGCACUGCAGCUGUAGCACUGCAGUUUCUUAGCAACCAUUUCCAGACAGACCUUUACACUCUUUGUAUGAUGAUAAUACAGUCUGUGUUUGUGAUGACGUGAGUGAGUGAGUGUUUUCAUGGAAACUCUUUGUGUCGCUAAGGUUUGUGUUUCCUCUCCUCUUCAGGUAACGAGGUGAUCGGGGUUGACAGUGCGGAGGUGAGGGCGAGCGUUCACUACCUGCACAUCAUCGACAAUCAGCAGACGCUUUUCGAGCUUUCACACAAACUGGAGCCACGCGCCUAA